UGACGUCAGAGGAGCACUGGGCUCCCUAUGCAGUGGGCUGCAGGAUUGUGUGGGUGGCAUCUUCCCAUCCUUUUCAAUAUCACUAAGCAUUCCCCCGUACAUCUUACUCUAUCUCUUUUUCCUGGUGCAUUCCACAUCAUUCCUCUUAGGGGUUUUUUUUUUUUUGUGUGUGUGUGUGUGGAUAUUUUCUACAGGCUAACCAUGGAAAGCAGCCUCAUGCAGCACUGUGAGUAUCAUCUGUCAGUUCAACCUCUUUGUUUUAUUCCUUACAAUAGAGCAUAGAUGUAGUGAAGGGGGGUGGGGGCUUGUUGUGACCGUGUUAUGAAGGACAGAUGGAUUGGUAAUGAAGAUCCAUCUGUCCCAUAAGAUCUCCGGGGUACAAAAUGAUGCUGUGGGACAAGAAACCUGAUACCUCCCUUUGCAGGAUGAGCCAGGCUCAGCUGCUGUAUUGUAGCAAUUUCUUCCCUGUCAAGCCUCCUACUAAAUGAAGUGCAAUUUUCCUUUGUACAUCCCUACCUAUCUCCAGCUGAGCAGUGGAAGACGGCAAGAACCUAGUAUUUUGCAGGAGACAAAAACAAAAAAAAGACAUUCCGCUUAUAUUCUUUGGACAGAUAACACAUAUCUUGAGAAAUUUAGAAAAAUCCAGAGCUUGUCUGCGUUCUAGGUAUUUGUUUCCCCGCUGUUCUAUUCAUAACGGUAAUGCAUGAAUUCUUUUGGUGUACGUUCUAUUUUAAUCUGUGGGGUUUAUUCACUAAACACUGAUUUGUAGUAAACCGAAAUCUGAACUACACGGCUAAAAUAGCCAUGCUGUGAUCAUUACAGAUUUGGAGUAUUUUUCUAAAUCAGCAUUUUGUGCCUAAAUGUAAAAUUUUUCCGAUUUUUAAAUCAAUACAGUUUGGUGUUUAGUGAAUAAGACCCUAAAUAUAUGCAUUCAAUCUAUAUCACGCUUUCCUGUGCAGGUUAAGAAUGUUGGGUUUACAGGAAAGAGGUGCAAGUGGAGUGUGUGUGUUGGGGGGUUUAAACAGUUGGAUUAUCAGAGAGACUUGCAAUGAAAUAUGGAUCAUUACAGUUUUGGGCCUUGCAGAGAUUGCACAUCCACUAUGGAUUCGAUCUGCUAGAUUAGGAAUUAUUUAUAAUUGAUUUUUUUGGUUAAGGAAAAAAAUUGUACAGAAUAUUUCAGUAUAUUGUGGGAACCAGAAUGCCUGUGGUUUUUGAACAUAGUAUAUAAAGCAGGCCAAUGUAGAAUGCUAUUGCUUUACGGAAAAUGUAGUAGAUCCAUGUUAUGACCUCCCAGAGGAGUUAAACACAUCAUGUGAAUUUAUUGAGUACCUGUGUGUACGUAAGGACGUUCCAGUAAUUUGGAGGGUCUGAUAUUUUUAUAUGUCGUAGAAAAUGGUAAUGUGAGGCAUUUGAUUUUUAUUAUAGUUUUAUAGAUAUUUCUAAUAAUGCAUUAUUUCACCCAAGUGAGUUCUGUCAAUAGUACCCAGGCUUUAGAUAUCGCUGUGCUGGUGGGUUGUAACUCAACUGGUAUAAGCACCAUGAAUUUGACUAAAGCAGGACUGUGCUAAUAGAUGUUGUGGCGUAAAAAGAGUUCAUUCAUACUUGCUAAAGGUUUUUAGGAUGACAGUCAAUAUAUUUUACCGUAUGUUCGGUGAAUUCAAGAGUUGUGGCACCUCCUCUCUCUUGGACCAGGUUAGUGAAAGCUAAGCAUGUGUAUGUAUCUGUGUUAAUUACUUGACUGCAUUUCUUUGCAAUUAACAUAGAGUGGGUGUUUGGCAUCCAGCAUUGGGUAACCAAUAAGCAGUUUCUAUGAUGCGGUUAUUUUAAAAGGAAAGAACCAAUAGGCAAGGGGAGAUGGAAUUAUUAAGGAAAUUAAGAUAAUUUCAGACCAAAAAGAACCAGCUAGGUUUCAUCCCUUUAAAAGUGACUUGGCAGAAUUUCCCUAUUACAUCCCAAAGAACACGUAGUCAGUUGCUGAAUUGCUUACGGCUCUUGAUGUACAAGAAUUCAUGGCCCAGUAAAUUCUGCAGAAAAUAAAAUCUCUGCAUAUUUUUAUGCCAUGAUGUUAUGUACCAAAAAAACCCAAUUUUUGCACUUGCUCCCUUCCUGUUAUAUAAAAUAUUUCUUCCGUUUCUGUAACUCUACAACAGUGCAUCUCAAGAUCAGUAUAAAUGAUAGAAAUGUUGGUUUUCUUAGGAUUGGUCCUCCAUUUAUAGCUCUACCCCUCAAAUGGCAUGAAAAAAAUUAUUCUACCUCUGAUUGGUCGAGAGGCCCGGAGUGGAGUUAUAAAUGUUGCAGAUACAGUCGCGCUGAUGUCAGAGCAACUGUAUUGUGAUGUAUUUCUGCUGUGCUGGUACUCAGCCAAAGAUAACUAGUCCAGGGCCUCAAUCCAAUAGGGCACAGCAAACUAGUGUGUGCCGAUGGGCCACAGGCUUCACAAUACAAUGUGUAUACAGUGGUAUCUACCCCCUGCCAUUUUACUUAUCCUGUUUCUUUUAAAUCUCUACUGCUCAGUCUUCCAUUUAAAAUGUUGUUAUGCAAUGAGGUUCUUCUAUGCUAAAUAAAAACCCUCUAUUGUAAGAAUAGAUUUUUAAAAUCUAGUGAGAAUAUGUUUUUAUUUUAAGAAAAGGCAAAAUCCCUUCUCUGGGUUUAAUUCUGCUGAAUUCUACAAUUUAGCUUCAUUGGAGUAUUUCACAAUAGAUCCAUCCACUACCUGAAACUUUUUUACUCUAAUUUUACAAGAAUUAACUGUUGUACUACACAUUAUGGCAAGAUCUAUUAUUUAAUGAAAAGCUAGAUUUUGGUUGUGUGUUUUGUUAUUUGUGUUUGCUUAAAUGUAUGAAUGUUCAUCAUAUGCAACUCAAUUUGGGUACAGCCCGCCAUUCAGUAGAAGUUGCCUAUAUGCCGUGAGCCAACAUGGGAGAAUGGCAGCUGCCUUUAUGAGAACAAGUUGACUUGGCUUUACGUACCUGCACUGCACUCUCCACUGUAGGAACAUUUUAAGACCAUAAUCAAUGCAGCGUGCAUGUUGGCACAGUGCUUGGCUCAUUGACUGAAAGCGAUCAGCUGGCCCAGCUUGGAAGGGUUUAACGUAGGAGAGCUAAGCCUCCUAGCAGGAGCUUCUCUGUCUCAAUGAAGGAAGUUGUCAAACUGUAGGCAAAUGAUUAUGGUGCUUCAUGCUUCUUUACUUUUUCUGUGUAGCUUUCUUGGUUGAGCAUAAUGCCAUCUCCAGAACGUGUCUUGAUUGCACUUGCAUACUAUUCUAUUUUGCUCAUGGAUGAUUGACCCUUAUUUAGAGUAGAUAACAUACGUGGUUAGAAAACGGUUAUUUCGUACGAACUGGUGUCACAAAUAUUAACACAUAUUCAAGGUGUACAGCCAACUUUUCUAUUCUGAUGUAGUGUACUGAUCAUAACUGAUAAUAGCUUGCUCUCUUGAGCUUACAUGCAGAUGCUAAACCUAUUGACAUUGAGUACUGCCAGGUUCUGUUCAACUCAAGGUUUCCAGAAAUAAAUGAAGAUAAUUUCAAUAUUUGUAAGUUUAUUUUUCUUCUACAGAUGUAUACACCUAUUUAUUGUGUUGCACCACAAUUCUCCCUAUGUUUAACCCAUUAAGGACCCAUGACUGUUUGUUAUCAUAACCUAUGUUGUUUAAGAAUCUGUUCGAAAAUGAAACGAUUUACUGAACGACUGCAGGCGUUUAUAGCACUAACUAUGCAAAACAUUUCAUACCGGCAUAGCAUUUUAAGUGGUUAAAUCCCUUUUCAUAGAAAUAAUACACACUUCACGGGUUAACAUACAUCUAACAUAAUUUGUGUUCGGUUUCUUUUUGUUCCAAUUUAAAGGGGAACUGCCAAUUCUCUAAAAAAUUACGCUAUUGGAAAAAAAAACAACGAACAUCACCUAUAACUUAUCUUAACCUCUUUUUAAACCUACAUGAAAGAUUUAGAAAAUGACAUCACAUUUCAGUACAGUCAAGGUACAGCCAAGGCACACAGUGCAAAUGAGGAGAAAGAGAAAAAGUGCUUUAUUUCUCCUUUUCAAUGUACGCUUUCUCUUUGGGAACUGUCAGGUAGAAAAGACAGAUCUUAUAACAAUUAGACAUAACAGGUAGCUAAGAUUGAGGCACCCAGUUUCAGGAUACAGAGGUGUUGAUUUAUACAUGUAAUUACAUUUUUUACACCUCACAAAUACAUAUUUGUAAGAAGAUUAUAGAAGAUAUGUAACAAAGUAUUCAAAUUCCUGGUGACAAUUCCAAAGUGACAUUUUUUUUUUUAUCUUACCAUAAUUAUUUUUAAUUUAUAAAAUGUAAUCAUUGUUAAAAAAAAAAUGCAUUUAACCAAAUUUGCAACCAUAUUUUUGAAGGACUGAAAACGUACCUUUCAUGAGCUGCAUAACUGGCCUCUACAUUUAAUGAAGAUGCAACCCUUUUUUGCCCAAUGCUUACUUCCUCGUUAGUGUGUUUGGGCAUUGUAGUGACCAGUCACAUGCUUUCAACACGGAAACAUUAAGGACAAAUUUCCAGUACAAAGCUUCUCGUGGAGAUGGGUGAUUCUAUUGACAUUUAGGGAUUAGUAUUAAAACAAAAAUCCUUAGCCAUUUUAAAUAUUACGUUUUUGCUGCUAAAAUGGUGGCUAUAUAAAGCUAUUGUGGACUAAAAUUCUUAUCAAAUCUCAUGACAUCAGAUUUCUAUUUGCCAAUAUAGCACCACUGAAACCGCUUUAACCACUUGCCUUUAGCUCCAACUCCUACUCCUAAACCUUGUUCUCUAACCUUAAUGCUUAGAGGGACACUAUAGUCUCCAAAUGCAGUUAUUCUGGUGAGUAUAUGUUUCUUGCAGGCUUUUUGCUGUAAGCCCUGCCUUUUCAUUCAUCUAGAAAAGGGCCAUUUACUGUAAAUAUUUGAAUUCUUCCUUUAAAUUGGUUUACUCUCCAUGUGAAAAGGCUUUUUCUCAUCAUAUGCAUUUUUAUUUAACCAGUAAAGCAUUGAGGCCAUUUUGUUUUUAAAUUAAAGUAGAUCAUAUAAUCUAUUUCUUUAUUUAUUUUUCAUAAAAAGCAAGUAAAUUAGUUUGGCAUGGCCUAUUAGUCAUAGAUCCAUGUUGGCUCGUACUAAUGAUUCUGUUGCAUAAAGCAAUUUCCUGUAAAGCAUCUUUAAGCAGUUCUUCAAAUAGAUUUCCCAGCAUGCAUGUGAAGGAUACGGGUUUGCAAUUUCCAGGCUCAGGCUAUGUUCCUUUUCUUAGUGUGGUUAUCACAUUCACUUCUCUCCAAUCCAGUGACACAUUUCCACAUGAAAAAGAAUCCAUAAAAAUGUAAAAUAAUAGUAUGUCAAUUUCUGGUUGAAGUGCCCAAAGUAACAGAGGACGAAUCUCAUCUAUCUGGUCCAGGAGCUAAAGUGUAAUUAAUCGCUCUUGAAUUUUGUGCUGUAUCCGCCAAGAACGUGCUUUUGGCAAGGUUAAUGAUCUGUGUUCGUGUGCUCACCCAUGGAUUUCUAGUUGGGAUAUACUGAAAAAUGUCAAAGAAUAUACACUCCUAUCUAGCUUUGCUAUGUAAUGUUGCUGUAACUACAUUUAACCAAUUUUUGGUCCACCAUUUUAAGACUGUAUACUUUUUAUUUUUUUCAAUUUAUAAUUUUUAUUGUAGGAUAGCAGAAACAUAUAGAGGUAAAGAAGAGAACAUACUGUCACAUUUUAAGUGCAACAUUAGAGUAAUAAGAAGAUAAGUAAAUAAGUUUACAGCUGCAGGUUGCACAUUUGUAAGGUAAAUCAUGGUGGACAACUAGCUAUGAUAAUUAAGCUUUGGUACCACUGGAUAGGUAUAAAAUAGCAUAACGCUUUGUAAUGCUUAUAGAACAGAUAAUAUAUCUUCAGAUAGGAGUCAUCCGAUACCGCAAGUGGGCCACAGCAGAAAGGCAGUCGCUAUGUCAGGCACAACUUUGCUGCUUUCCCCUUUGCUUCGCUUUAACGGUUUCAUAGACCGUAUUCCACAAUGUCACAGCUCCACACCUCCCAGAGCCCAGGCCUUAGUGGGAGUCUCUCCCUUAUGUCCAAGGAUUCACUCUCCAAACGACAGGAUCAUAGAGACCUCUGGAUCAUGUAGAGCCCUCCGGGAAGGUGAACAAUGGAUAGGAUGUAGCUCCAUGUGGGCCAACAGCCCAGAAGAAGAGCCAUGAACUGAAAUAUUGGCUUGCGGCAGUGGUUCAGUGAAGGUAGUUGAGGUGAGAGGUCAGCUGUCCAUACAGUGCCAGAACUCCUGGCAAAGUUUGUCAAAUUUGGCCUCAAAAUGUUCCUUCCAUGUCAGGUCCUUCUGGAUAGCUAGGCUUGCCAUCUUGACCCUGCCACGCAGUAUCCAGAACAGUUGAGAAUAAUGAGUGAUUAUUCCAAUAGAGCAAAGUGAGUAGAUUCCCCAGUUGGGACCAGAAUAUCUCCAACCCAUUCAAGGGAAGGGUAAUGGAGUUUCGCUUUAGUAAAGUUGUUAUAAAAUGUGCACCCCCGGUUGAGAAAUCAUCCGUCUCUUCUGAUUUCCAGGUCGGCAUUCUGUUAGGCCUCGAUGUCGGAAAAGGUAAGUGCUUGACAGAGCAGUGUGGAUAAAGCCAGUAAAUUACAGUAAGCUGAAGUGUCAAUCUGCUAGAGGUAUGAAAGUUCAUCCAGCCCAAAAAAAUAAUAAUUUUAAUAAUAAUGAUUUUUUUAUUUUUUAUUUAAAGUAUACAUAAUGUCCCCCCUCCCUUCUUACCUUUGUUUAGGGAGGAGGGGGGACAUUUCUUGAUCCCUAGUGGUCCGGUGGGGAAUCCCUGGUGGUCCAUGUGGUGACAGUGAACUCUAGCUCCGGUCUCCAGGGCUAGAGUUCACUCUCGCGAGAUCCAGAGCGUUGCCGUGGCAACUCUCAGUGCUCGCGAGAGAAGGACCUGGAGGAGCUGCCGACUGAGCUCCCACGGUCCUCUCUCUCUCCCUCCUCUGCCGGCGGCCAGCAAACAGUGCCUGCGGACCGGAGAGGGAGAUCUCUGAUCUCCCCUCCGGUCCAUGAAGGCACAUUGCCGGGCUGGUACUUGGACAGCGCCAGCCCUGCAUUAGCCGGCAGGGGAGAGGGAGAACCUCGGAUUCUCGGGCAAUUGCCCCGUUGCCCCCCCUGGAUCCAAAAUGCAAUUCAAAUACAGAUUUAAUCAAGAUUCUGCUCAUGUACCAAGUGCUGGAACUUUGGUAAAAGAACCUUAUUUUCCUUAAAGACUUUUAUUUUAUUAUUGAAGGAAUUGCUUUGCCUAUUGUUUAUAUUUGCAUUGGGACUUGCAUCAUAUUCAUUUGCCUUUCUAAAAUAAAAACCUUUUAAUUCAGUGACUGUGUCCGUAUAAAAUCUCUGCAUCCUGAGCCCAUUCACCCUAAACCUGUGACAUUACAACUGAGCCAGUCAUGGAGCUCGCAGAGAUUGCAGAAGCUUUAAAUACUCUGACCUGUCAAGUGAAUUCCCUGGGUCAGACGAUUCAAUAUCUGCAAACCUGACAAAUGCAGCUACAGUCACAGCUAAUGGCAUCACCUACCUAUCCAGCUCAUCUGACUCCACUUUCGGAUGAUGAACUUCAUGCUCCUGAACCUCAGGUUCCCCGGCCUGAACAAUUUGCAGGAGAUCUAAAUAAGUAUGAUGCCUUUAUUAUGUCUUGCGAAUUACCAUUUGUUUUAAAGCCACUGACUUAUCACAAUAACUUUAUAAAAAUAAGAACUGUAAUCUCCCUCAUGACAGGAGAACCCAGAACUUGUGCCCAUAAUCUCCUAUGUAAUCAAAGCCUUCUCCUAAACAAUUGGGACUUCUUCAAAGCCUAUUGAUUCAUUUUUACGAGGAUUCAAACAAGACCUCCACUGCUAGGUCUUCAUUAUUGCUAGGUCUACAUAUUCGUUUGCCUUUCUAAUAUACAAACCUUUUUAUUCAGUGACGGUGCCCGUAUACAUCUCUGCAUACUGAGCCUAUUCACCCUAAAUCCGUGACACAUACACUGUUAUUUGUCUAUUCUCUUGACAGGAAAGUAGACUCUUCUAAUUUGGAGGAGGAUACACCCCUCACAUUGGGAGUAGGACAGCUCCUCACACACCUGCUGGCCUUGAAACCUUACAAACAGUGAACUCUUUGUUACAAAAUAAUUAUACUGCUAAGCAGUUACAGUGCUGAGCAUACACUUUGCCUAUUAACCAUUCCAUUACCAGACAACAAGCUUAUCAGACAUAUCAGUUGGAUUACACUGGUUUUGCAUUUUAGCAUUACAUAACUAUAGAUAUAUAUAAGAUUAUGUAAUCUUAUCGUGAAGGCUUUUUUUUUUUUGCAAUGAUUUUAAUUAAAAAAAUGUUUCCAUGUAUUUUUAAAUAAAAUCCUUCACAAUUAAAAGGGAAGGUUCAUUGGUUAUUUCAAGUGGAAUCAUUUUGUCCACCACCAAGAAAUGUAAGGAUAAUAUUAACAUGAGCAUUCCGUCUACAGGGUUUUACAAGUACCCUUUAACCCUAAAGGAAUUUCGGUCAGCAGGUUAUGGAUCGCUGUCAACCCCUGGCAUUUUCAUAGACUAUAAAAGCCAUAAUGCUCUGGUAUUAUUUUAUACAUAGCUGGCUUUUAUCCUGUAAACCCUAUUGUAUACCUGCCGGGAUCUGCUGAACCACUUAUUACACACAAACUCAGCUUCCUCUCCAGUGGAAGAGAGAGCUGUUAGUUUCAGUUAUGCAUGCUCAAGCAGGUUUAACACUCUCACAGGACAAAGGAGGAAGUAAUAUUCUUCUGUUUAUGCUAGUGAGCUGGGAAGGCUUAUAGAUGUGGCAAUUGCAUUCUAAUGGCAUUUUAUGUGGGGUUGCUGUAGAAAGAUAGUGAAGGGCUUAUUACAGUAAAUGGUAGUUUGAGGAUGCAGUCCAACAUUUACCCAUGCCCCUCUUAGCCCACUCCUGUCCUACGGUUAGUUUUUAGAAAGAGAGUGGAUAUUAGGCUUUGGAUUCUGCUUAAAGUGACUUUUUGGGUCGUUUGCAUAUUUUGUAAAUACCCAUAAGAGAAAACACCAUGAGUUUAACCCAAUGCAAUAAUUGAAUAUUUCUGUAAUAUUUGCAUAUAAGAGAGAAUUCAGAGUGCAAUGCUCAUGUAUUUCCAUUUUUUAUUUUAUGACUUGUCAAACAAAAGUAAAGCAGUCCUCACUUUACAUACUUGGCAAAACAUUUUACAAGAUGCACAAUAUUUGCCAAGGGGAUUGAUCCCUUUACAUCAAAGACCCGAUCUGCGCGUUCACUUACUGAGAGCACAGAACAAUUUAAUUGUUAAUGGGUCAUUUUUCUGCUCACUUGUUUGUAUCCCUUUAAAUAGCUAGGAUCUUAGAAACCAAUGUUUUGAUAAACAUAGUAUCAUUGUUUGCUCCUGUUAUUCAUUGUAGAGCCAGUACUAGACCCUGCUUUCAUGAGUAAAUUUACAAAGAGCUGAAUAGCUGUGUGAGAACUAAAGUGGGGUUUAUUCACUAAACAUUGAAUUGAAAACUGCAUUUGUAAAAUAAGGGUUAAAAUAGAGUAAGAAACAUUCACAAACGCUUCAAUAUUUCUAAAUAAACUUAUUAAACCCGAAUUUGAAAUAAUAAAAGAAUAAUUAAAAAAAAAAAGAUUCUUACGUUUAACAUUAUUUUUUGGGUGGAACUCCCCAAACAUCACAUCAGCCUUUAGCUUUGCCUAGACCGGGAAGAAGCUUGGCCAAUCAGCAGCCUCCAUUUCUGGUCUGUGGAGUGCGGGCUACUGGACAUGUUAAAUUCAGCCCUACAUUAAUUAAAGUAUAGGCAGAGGGGCUGAUUAGAAGGUUUCAAAGCUCUCUAAAUGUAACCUUCUGCUAGGCUUGUGAGUUUAUGGGACCUGCAGUUCAGAUAUCUCCUGGUCUACUUAUGAAAGCUGUUAUUUAAACUACAUCUACCAGAAACUCUUUGCUGUUCUUUGUGAUGGCAUGUGCCAGUAUGCUGUAGACCUCUAGAGGUUAGGAGAAAGAAGCAGAAAGGUAGUUGUAUACAGGUAGAGAAACAAGCAAUAAGAAAGCAUUUUACAAUGGGAUAGGUGGGACAAAGGAGACCGGGUUAAUAAUAAUAUAAUGAUAUGAUAAUACCGCAAACGUUUUGCUAUUAUUAUUUUUUAGGCCAAAUGCUUUAAACUGGAGUGUACCUUUUAAGGGGUAUACUUAUUUGAGUAAUAAUAUUGAGUUGGAAUCAAUCAUCACUUAUUUAUUUUUAUAUUUUCACCUAUACACUUUUUUGGUCAAAAUGUGCAUUAUUUAGAAAAUAAACUUGAAUGUUUUUAAUAAUCUGAUUUGAACUUCAGAAUUGGGUAGUGUUCAUUAAUAUUUUCUACAAUCUGAUGAAAUUGUUGCAAGCUUCUUUGCAAAAUGUGUUGACAAGUCAAUGGAGGAGCCAAUAAGCCACAAAAUGCUUUUCACAAUUUUACUGCAAGUUUAUCUUCUUCUACAUCCCCCACUGCGCUCAAUAGGGGUUUAGUUUAGUUUUGUGAUCUGCUUGCAUUUAGUGCAUUUGCAGAGCACUCCAACACCAAUUCGAGUCCUUGAUUUUCAUUACAACUAAAACUCUUGUUUUCAGUGAAUCAUCAACUUUAUAUUUGGAUACAAUAGGUCAUUGCAUGUCUAUAAAAGAGCAUGGAAUCUAUAUUUUGUUUAGUUCCCUGUGAGAUUACGUUUUUCUGCCUAACUUUUUAUUUGGUGACUGAAAAACAACCGAGUCACGUUGCUUACAAUUCACAGGGUAUUUCACUAAAGUGUGAAUUAAAAAUUAAGGCAAAAUCAGCAGAACAAAAAGCAUAGCUGACAGAAUUUUUCCAGGUCGGCUAUUUUGACCUUAAAUUUGAAAUUCUCCUUGAGUCCACUUUGAAUUCCCACUGUACUGAAUAACCCCGUUAGUGUUUGUAAGCUAACACAUGAGAAUGUAAAAUAAAUUAUGUUCGCAUGAUAAAUAAAUGUUGGAGACAUUGUGCUGCCUGAGCGUGACAGGAGCUGUAAUCUAAAAGUUAACGAUUUACUUGCGCCCGUUUGCCUCAUCUUGAAGAAAAUAAAUAUCAAUUUAAAACCAGAUGGUUGUCCAAUAGACAUGAAUUUCCCUCGUGGGUAGGUUCUCAUUUCCCAGAAAUACACCCACUCUUGUCACGCUGGAAUGCGGAGAUUGUCAUUCAUGUUCUUUCAGUCCUGCUUAGCUCCUGUUUUCAGUUGAUAAUUGUGUGGUUGGAAGCUUUGUUUAAAUAAUAUCGUGACAUCUGCAGAGUACCACUAGGCCGUAAGAAUCGUUUACCUCAGCAAUGUCACCAUUAUCCCCCUGGAACUGCAAGGGCUAUAUUAAGUUCUAUCAGGGUUCUUACCACAUUUUUGUCCUUGUAAGUCAAAUAUUUAUACUAUUUGCCAUUACUUGUCUUCCACCCAGUGUACAGUGCAGAGCAAUAUUUUGACAUUUUAAUAAAAUGUCGUGUACGUUUUAAUGUACAAUUAAUGCAUAAUUCAGAAUUUUUAUCUGUGUAAAUUUUACCUGUCUGCAUCAUUACAGUUCUAGACUGUAUUUGUAGCAAAUGUAAAAAUGUUAUUUUAAAACUUUAGUUUGAAAUUUAUACGUCUGCCACGUCUGUGGAGAAUUGGAAAGUCAAUUGCAAAUUGUAGACUAGAAAUCCCCCAACUUUGGCUCCCCCUCGUCCCCCCUCAAAUUCACGUUUUUAAUGAAUAUAUUUUUUCGAAAUACACGUCCACCUUCAUAUAUCCAAGUAUGCUUGCUUCUCAACCACACAGAGCUAGGUGCAGAGCAUUGUGGGAGGACGCAGCUGUGUCUCACAGAUCUGAUAGUUACAUAGGCUGAAAAGAGACAUGCGUCAAUCGAGUUCAGCCUUUCUCUGUUUUUGCCGUUCAUCCAAAAGAAGGAGGGGAAAAAAAAUGUUUUAAAGAGUUUUUUUUUCAAUUUUACAUAUCUGAUAUCAGUUAUUUUUACAAUGUAUUCACAAUUCCCCUAAUGUAUUUAAAUGACACCUUCCAAUAUGACCCUGUGCCCGCCCACAGAUAUAAAUUAUCCUCACUCUUCAAGGGAUUCCCAGCUGUCAGAAAUGCUUGGACACUUUCCAAAGGAUAACAUUGGGACACAGACAGAAAUGUACCUCUGCCUGGGAAUAUAAGCAGAUGAUGUUUAUACUCCAAUUGAGAGUGUGUGAUGACAAAAUGUGCUAUUAAAUGCCCUCCUAUCAUUUUGUCUGCCUUAUCUUGCUCACUUAACAUACUUCAAAUCAUUCUGAUGGAAAACAUAAGAUUGCUGCAGUAUGCUCAUUUGUGGAUACAAGCAAUUAUUCUCUCACAUGUGUGAAUGUGUGUAUAGAUACAAAAAAAAAUAUGUUGUUCUGAGGAACGGUCCCGAGUGGAAGUGAAACGUUGAUUGUUAUGGAAUAUACUGAAUAAAGAAGAUUUUUGGGGGGGAUACCUUGAAGUGCUUGAAUAAUUCAAUAUUGUGUGUGUGUGUGUGUGUGUGUGUAUAGAGAUAGAGGAUACAUAAUGGACAUCGAGACAUGACUACCACUCCCCUAAUACGCAAUUUUUUAACCCUUUAAGGACACAUGAUGGAAAUAUUCCGUCAUGAUUCCCCUUUAUUUCAGAAGUUGUGUCCAUAAGGGGUUAAAUUAUGUAUUUAUUUAUUAAAUUACAACUAGGGUUUAGAGUUUUGCUAAUCUUAAAGCAGCACCACAACAUAUAUGCCAUGGCCUACCCAAAGUUUAUGGCAGAUAGACUCUUGGGUAGAAUCUGCUGCCAUUAUUAUAUCCUCUCCCCCAUUACUGAUAUGCUAAGUGGGGGCCUAGUAAGAAAAUGGUUCUGUUUCAGCAUAUCCGUGUCCCGCCAGACCAUGCAAUAUGUAUUAUAUUAUAUGGUGUGUCAUCCCCCACUGUACAAUACAGGACCUGAAAACGUGAUCUCCCCAUUAAAUAACAGACAAAUAAUGCAAUAUAUAUAUAUAUAUAUAUAUAUAUAUAUAUAUAUAUAUAUAUAUAUAUAUAUAUAUAUAUAUAUAUAAUAUAUGCUGUAUGUGAAAGUAAGCACUUUGAGGAUCUGAUAUAAAAGAAAUUGAUGUGCAGAGAAUAGUAGGAUUUAUCAAUGAUCCAGUACGUAUGUUGGACUUUUUAUUUUCACGUCUUCCUGUUCUGUACAAAUCUUUACAGUGUUUCAGGUACUAUAUCUCGUGCUCAAAUUCAGGCAUCUGGGCAAUUAAUACUGGUGUUGACUAUAUGCAUUUAGUGGGUAUGCAUGUAGAGGAAAAAACAAAAUACAUAAAAGAUUAAUAAUAUUAAUUGAUCAGUGAUUAUCUAAAUCAAUAAACAGCUUGAUUUCUCUGUGAUUACCAUCCAUUUUGCAUUAAUUGUGUUAUCUACUGCACAGCUUGCUGUUUUGACGACUACAGAAGUAUCAGUGUUGCGUUGCAGGUGGGCUGGAGAGAGGUCGCCUUCCCGUAAUCAUGCUGACACUCUAUUGUAUGGGUUCAUGGAAAGUAAGUGGGCAGCUGCUGGGAUGGGAAAGUCCCUUGAGUCUUCACAAGGGAGAGGAAGGAAUUAAACCCUAUUGAUUUGUUAAUUCUCCACCAGCUGUACCUCUCUUUUGUUCAAAGACAUCUCAGGGGAAAGUGUUGGAUAUGAAGCAUUUCCUGGAAGACACUUGCUAGAAGUGCAGUUAUAUCUCUGUAUGUUACAAUUUGGAGAUCAGGGUAUUGUUAUGUCUAAGAAUGAUUGAGAAUAAAAAACAUUUGCUCACAUAGUUUUCUUUAUUGUUUACGUUGUGUUUGACAACUGAAGGGGGGGAGGGGAGGGUUGGAACAGACUGUUCAAUCUCUAGCUCACUCGUAGCAGGAAUUGCAAAUAUAUCUGGCGAUAAAGGGUUUUUUGUUUUGUUUUAUUUUGUAUUGAGCACAUUAAUUGACCCUCUGUUCUACCAAAAAAGGUUACGGUAUAUAAUGUAUUUCACAAGUGUGGCCAAAGCUAAUAUAAAAUUUUAGGCAAAAAUAGUCCUGGUGGAAAAUUCACCUGACUAUGCAUUAUUUUGGCCCCAAAUUUAUCAGGUUGCAACCAUUUUGUAAUUUUUCUGACUUUUUUUUCAGUAAGCCAAUAAAGUAAAAUAAAUUCUCAAUAAAACACUUUUAUAGAGACUAAACAAAGUAUUAAUUUUCUGGGUUUUGCAAAUUACAACUUUGAUUAAAAAUACAAGCAAAUUUCCAUUGUCCUUAGUAUAUAAUGAACCCUUUAAAGUUGCGGGGAGUCAAAAUCCUAAAUUUGGUGUGGCCAAUGGGUUGAUACCAAUCAUAAAAGCUUCCAUAAUAAACAGUGAAAGCCGUGGAAAGCCAUAGCGAGCUCACAUAUUUCAUGGCGUUUUACAUUCAUAAUGUUAAUGUUGUGUAUCGUGGAAUAUAAGAUGUUUUGUACAUGCUAGUUGUGAGAAAUAAUUGUCCACAAUUUUCCCAGAAUGCCCAACUGCAUAUGCAAAUGAGCACGGACAGGCAUCAUAUAUCGAAUUUCAUAGCAAUGUUUAAAACACUGCCUUUUAAACCAAAACAUGGGAUCUCAUCUAAAAGAACCAAAGAGAAACAUGGAUUGACUUUUCAGUUUCAUCCUUUUGGGACUCAGUGUUGAAUUUCAUCAUGUUCUGCUCAUAUCUUUUUUAAUACAGUACUUGACAAUAAGGACAACAUAUAUGCAGUAUGUCUUCUAUCAAAGCAAUAAAACUAUUGUAGAUGUAGCUUUAAAGUAAGAUCAGUUAGCAGCGUGCUGUUUUGCAUACUGUUUUUUCAUAAAUGAAUUGUGAUAAUAUCAAAGCAUUUAACCAGAGCAGGUGGAUUUAUAUUUUGCUUGUAAAUAUUGUUAUUCGUCAUAAUUAUGCCACUAUUAAUAUUGUGUAGACUGCUGUAUAUGUAACAGUGUGUGGAGUAUUCUAGGAUAAUAUGUAUUCUUGAACUUUCUGUGUGAACAUGGAGAUUAUAUUGAUAGAGAUCUAGUGUGUGAAUGGUGAUAAUCUGAUAAUGUAUUAGAUAUACCUUUGUGCUGAUUGACUUUCAAGCUUGAGUUUUAACAUCACAGGUUGUUGUCAAAUCCGUGCUUACAAUGUUGACUCAAGUGCCUGACUGUAGUGAAUGGCAUUUAUCUGGUUCUGUCAGGCUACGGAAUUGUGCACAGUGACAUUUUGCGUAACAGUUCUGAUGUGUUUGCAAACAAAGGUAAUUGCACUGUCUGCAUCUAAAAAGCAGUAAUGUCAAUGGGGUACUCUGGGCACAAAAGGUCCUACAGCCCAUUGUAGUGGUUAUGGGGCCAGCAUGCCCAGAGUCCUGCCAUCCCAAUUCUGUGUCAUAUGAUUAUUGAGUGUCCCGUCUCGUGCCCGGGGUAUGAACAUAUUUCAAACACUGGUCAGAAUUGAUUUUCCUAAUGCGGAAGUGUAACUUCAACAGUUGCGAUAUGGCAAGUAAGGGGCUGGACUGCAGGCAUUCAGGGAAUCCUUCAUUUGUGUCAAACUGCUUGUAAUCAUUUUAACACAGAAAGGGUUGGACUGUGUCAUGGUUAUACUGCUUGGAAUGCCCCACUAAUAGAGCUGGCAGGGCUGGACUUGAGCAGUGCAAGGUUUGAUCCUUUGGUCUGCUGACGGUUUGAUCAUGUUAUUUGCGGGUAGGCUGAACAUGUUGCAUCCAUCUUGGUAAAAUGGCGUCCAGUAAUUUCCACAUGCAGUAAAUUCUGCAUAAUCAUUUCUCAUAAAGGUAUUCCAAAGUAAUUCUGAGACAUGUCCAGCUGUCCGCUUUGGCUUGCAUAUCUCUAUAUUAGUAAAUACUUAUAUACAAACCAAAGAGUUGGUCGGCUACCACAUGUUAACAUUUAUCGACCCACUCUCUGAGGAACAAUUAACUACACAGGUAGAAAAGGAAAUGGUUCUUUGUUAGGCCAACACCCCACUUCACAUAAGGAUGGUGAGAACCACAAAUAAUGCUGUAGUCCAUGCAUAUGAUACAACACAAUGCUUUCUAAUCUUCCAUUCCCAGACCUAAAACUGGUAGACUGUAAUUUAAAAGAAUACAUUUCUUUAAAAAUGUGUGCCUCAGCCAACUUUUUGAUAAAAACUUUCUGAGUCAUUCACUAAAGUGAGAAUUGCAGGGAAUUCUAAAUAAAUUUCAAGUUUAAGGUUAAAAUGGCCGAACGGGAAAAUUUCUCCCAGUCGGUUAUUCUUUUGGCUACUUUGGCCUUCAAUUUGAAAUUCUAUUUGAAUGCCCUACAAUUCUGAUUUUAGUGACUAACUCUGAUUAUUGAUAGCCAAUCACAUGAUGUGUAUGGUGCUCACUUGCUAAUCAAUAAUUACUAAUAUAAUAAACAGCAGAGACCCAUUAAUACACAUUGUAAUACCGGUGGAGUACCCCUUUGUUGAUGCUAUGCUUGACCGCUAUGGGCAUGGGGUACGUGGGAGAGACAGAAGACUUUCUUUCCUCUUUAACUCCCUCAAAUGUCCAAGAGGCUCAGCAUUAAGCUUUUCAAACCAGUGUUCCCCAGAGCAAAUCUAGAGAUUUAAGAACAAAUCCAGGCAUGUGCUGUUUAUGGCAACGUAAUCAAAUAAAAUCGGUAUAGGUCUUCUAAGGAGAAUGACAGAUAAGGGCGCAAAAUACAAAACCAUUUGAAAAGAAUACAUUCAGCUGCAUAGAAUGUUAUGUGAACUGAACAGUGUAUUGAUCUAUAAAAUAUAUUUUAGAAUGCUUACAGUUAUAUUUAAAAGCAAAUUGAAUAAUGAAAAAUAUGAUGUGAAUGUUUUCCAUUAACAUUGUGAGUACAAUGGAUGUAUUGCUGCAGGCCGUUUCUUGGCUUUGGAUACGUUAAAAUGCAACUGUACACAAAGAAUUUCUAAAGAAAUAGAUCUCACAAUUGAGGGGCUGAUAUCAGUAUGAGAUCCUCAAAUAUCAUACAUUUGCUGUUCCUAGAAAAUAUUCACAGCCACACAAAGGCUUUAAUCCCUUUAGGACCAAACUUCUGGAAUAAAAGGGAAUCAUGACAUGUCACACAUGUCAUGUGUCCUUAAGGGGUUAAUCAGGUAAAUACCCAACAAAAAAUGCCUGUGAUUUAAGGCGUGAUUAGGGAAAAAUGGCAUGUGACCCAAAUAUUUAUAUAGUUUUUCCUAACUCCAUUUAAAAACAAACUGGUGAUAAUACUAUUUUUCUACACCUUUCCUUAGUAGGAUGGGAAAUAUAAUCAUCUGGAUGAAAGAAUUCUUAUACAAUGCCAGCGUAGUCAGAGGAGAUGUGCAGACCGCAGAAGCCAUUUUGCUAAUAAGGCAGACCUUUUUUUUUUCCUCUAUGCAAAGCUUUAUUUUUUAGUGCACAUAUUUCAGUGUUCUAGAGAAUAUCCUCUCCCACCUACAGUAUUUUACAUAAUCUGCUUCGUCUAUCGUUAUGUGGAUUUUAUGGACUGAACCAAUUUAUCUGUAUAUUUUUAAUAAUCUUUUUCCAAGCAGCCUAUUUUAAUUAUUUGUAGUUCUCUGAAUCACACAUUUCUCCUUAUCAGAUUUACUGUGGGAACUUAUAUAGCAAUAGUAACAUGGGUUAGUGAAAUCCCUUUUUCCCAGCACUGCCAUGGCUAAACCAAAGCUGCUUAGACUGGUUCUCUUAAGGAUUAUCAGUGCUUAUGGGCUCAGAACAUGCUCUCAUAAUAAUGCUCUGGUCUGAAAGCCAGUGUAUAUUGAGUUGCAGAUUUUGGCACUAAGGCACAUGUUCGCGUUGAUGGGUAGGAAGGCACUGUAAUUACUCUAUUUUAUAUGGUUUCAAGCAAAAAGAGAAACCUCCUAAUAACAAAAUUACUUUGGGUUGACCCCCUAGUCAUCUAUAUGCAAAACCAUACCUUGUAAGUGUCCCUAUUAAGGAGGAACAGUCCCUAUUUGGAGUCUAAAUCCCUCUGUCUCUCAUUUCUAUCCCAAUGUCCCUCUUUUCUAGGAGCUUCAUAUUGUUGGUGAGUUUGAGUGCAUAACAGAGCACCACAGUAAUAAAACUCACUGUAAAUGAGCCUCUCUUUGUCAUUAUGAAAUGAUGGGCGGUAUGAAAUACUACCACCCGGUAUGUAGAGCAUCUUUGAGUACACUAGCAAAUCCAAGGCAAGCAACAGACCUGCUUCCAUUUAAUUCCUAAGCAGAGUCAAAUAUACAGGUAUAUUCAUUGUGUACACCCUUUGAUGACGGAAAAACCAUGUUUCCCUGCGUCCCAAUUGUACCUAUUUCUUUUUCGAAGGGAAUGCCUCUAUUUUGGGACAAAACCCCUCUAUCCUAAUGUCCCUCUUUUCUCGGAGCUCGAUAUUGUUGGGAUGUGAAGUAUAACAGAGUUAUACCUAGCAAUAACAUUCACAGUAAAGUUUUUUUUUUUUAAACAUUCUUUAUUUAGAUUUCUAAAGUACAAAUUCUUUAUGCAAAAAGAACAUUGCAUAAAAGGAAAACAAAACAAACAUGAUAUACGAUAUACAGCGUAUAUGGGAUAGUGGGAUAGUUAUACAUUUGCAACUGUGACACAUGUAUUGUUAAUUUCAUGAGGUAUAAGUAUCACAAGUAAGUAGAUAUAUUGAAACAUUGGCAAUAGGUUGAUAAUGCAAUUAGAUAUAAUAAAAAUUAACACAUUGAAGAAGUACCUAAGAUAUCCUGGUUGGAUUUCCUCUGCUCUGUGUCCACCAACACGCUAGGUAAUAGUACUCAUCAGAGAAAUUCAAAUAGUAAAUUUGUUGUAAUACAUUUUGUUCCGUCAAAAAAGGAACAAAAGAAUGGGGGUGGGGGGAGAGAAAGCAAUAUAUAUAUAUAUAUAUAUAUAUAUAUAUAUAUAUAUAUAAACAAAAAACAUAAAGGGUGUGGGUGUGGGUAGGGCUGGGGGACACAGUUCACAAAGAGGGAGAGGAAAGUGUGUGUUGGUUAAACAGUGUGUGCCAAUGACUGUAUCUGUCAGUGACUGUAUAGCAGUGCAUGUAUCAAUGAAGGCAUGUGUCUGUCAGUCAAAAAAAUGGCCUUGACACAAAUUGGGGGGGGGGGGGGGGGAAUUUAGAUUUUGGGGGUGCCCAAAUUUAGUAAUGCCUAGGGCAGCACAAAUCCAAAAUACACCACUGAUCAUAAUGGAUGCGUUUAGGUAGGGAUGGUUGUAAUCUGUUAGCUAAUAUUUUGUUAAAUAACUUAUUAUCUACAUUUAGAAGGAAAAUAAGUCUGUAGUGUUCUGGUUUUCAGUGUAAUUUAUUAGAUUUCGGAAGGAGGCAUAUGUUUGCCUUGUAGCAUUUCUGUCGGAAGCUUGCCUUGUAAAACAAAAUUAAACAGUAUAUAAAUAUAUUAUUAUUAUUAUUGCCAUUUAUAUAGCGCCAACAGAAUCCGUAGCGCUUUACAAUAUUAUGAGAGGUGGAUUUAACUAUAAAUAGGACAAUUACAAGAAAAAACAGGAACGAUAGGUUAAAGAGGACCCUGCUCAAACGAGCUUACAGUCUAUAGUAUAUAAAUAUAUACAUACAAUACCAAACGAUUCUGCACUCCAGCUAUCCCUUGAAGUAUUGCCUGGUGCUCGGUUGCACAAUGUAUAGAUUAAUGAAACUUCAUCUUCAACUUCUCAGGUUUUAUUCCAACAGUCAACGUUUCAGUUCUUAAUGAACUUUCUUCAGGACAUAAAAAUUUUUGGCGUGUGUGUGUGUGUGUUUGUUUGUUUUGAGAAAUUUUUUAAAAGUAUAUGCCUGAAAAAACGUCCAGACAUGGGCUUUUAUUGGGUUUAGAUGUUUUAAUAGAUUUCAGUAUUUAUUCCGAAGUGAUUUCUUCCACAGCUGCCUCCAAUUUGUUCAAAAACUCAAGUUAUGUUGUAUUGAAGAUGGGUUGGGUCUGCUCUGAGAUGUGGAGAGUGAUCGUAUAACUUUUGGAAUUAUGUGUGAAAUACUUGAGCAAUGCAAUUAGGUAGCUUAGUAGUGUUAUUAGAUGCCAUCUGCAUUCUGCCGAUUUGUCUAUCUUGAUUUUGCUUGCUUAAUAGUCUCAGUAAGAGAGUAUCAGCUUUGUUCGAUUUCUCUAAUUUGUUUGUCUCUGUCUGUGUAUAGCUUUAGUGGUAUCAACCCGCACUAGUGUUUGAAGGGACAUGUUUAAGGCAGUCCAGUUCCGCAAGACUUAUGGACUGCUGGACAUGUGGCAGUCUAGUUCAGCUACCAGGUAAUGUGGGUAAAGAGAAAUCUCACAAGUCUCUGAGUUGGAGCCGGAAUCCAUGAGGCCAUGUGAAGGCAGUAAAACAUCUUCCGUGUGGAUGCAAAACACGGAUACCACUGACGGCGUGGAUUCUCUAGGUUUUGCAAGCCUCCCACAACAGAUAUCUUGUCGGGUGUUUAGAGGGUUAUGCACUGUAGAAAAUCCUGUAUAAUUGUGAGUGGUAGUGUGCUAAGAAUGCUGUUAUAGCAGGGCACCAAACCUAAGCAUUCAUCUUGGGUCGAGGUCAAGCUCCCCCUCACGAUAAUGUGUUUUUAAACUGCUAUAAUUUUGUUUCAAAAUCAGUAUAAAUAAGAUACAUAGUUCUUGUUCUAAAUUGCAUUUUAGUUGCAUAAUUUAGUAAUAAGUAAUUCAAAGAGAUCCUAUAGUGUUAUGAAUACAAAUCUGUAUUCCUAACACUAACACUGGUACCCCCUCACUUGCGCCCAGCCCCCUCCGCCUGGCACCUAGUGGGUUAAAAAAACCUUUAGUCACUUAUCUGAUAUCCCUUGGCUUGGCACUGACCUUCUCCAACAUUAUCCGACGGAGGGUCUAAUGUGCAUGUGCGGGCAGCUCAAUAGGCCCUCUCCAUAGCAUUGCUUCAAUGCAUUCCUUUUGGGGUUUUACGGAUUCUGCACGUCCUCUUGCAGAGCGUGACGAUGUCCAGUAUUAUUUAGGGGACCAAAAGUCUGUUGGCAAACAGGAAGUGCCUCUAGUGGCUGUCUGAGGCUGUCUUAGUCCUGGGACAGGGCCACUGCACCCAGACCAAUGAGUCAAUGAGAUAAUGUCCCUUUAAAAUAUCUCAGAAGAGCCUGCCCCUGACCACACUCACACUCACACUCAUAAAGUUAAAGCAUCCCAUUUGACCUUCUGAAAUGCUAGGAGGUUUCCUUGUAAGAAGAAGGUACAAUAUGGUUUUUCAUAUAAGCAUCUGUUUACUAAACCAGAAAUUAUGAAAACUAGCAAGGGAAGUCCUAUUUUUGGGCCAAAAAGGUCAGGUUUGAAAAACGAUAAUUUUUCAUGUUUUGCUGUUUUGUCCUAGAUUUUGCAAUUCGUUUUCCACAAAUCCUAGUUUAGUAAAAAAACCCUACUGGGCUUCUGUCAUGUACUUGGAUCAACCCAUGGACCACCAUGAAGGUCUGUGGUUGGCAAACCACAGUUUUUAGGGCCAGUUCCAGGAGUAAGCCUGUGGAUCUUAUAAAGAACAUUCUAUGUAUUCAUUUGUCUGCGAGCAACCUAUUCAGAGUGUGUCUGUUUGAAGUGUGCUUUGGCUUGUUCUGCAUGUCCUUAAUGAACCCUUGCCUGAUUGCUGCUGUUUUUCUUAGUUAUUUAAUGCUAAUGAGUGCUGUGUUGGUUAAAAAUGUUAGUUAAAUGUUGCCACAUUACACAGACACUGCAGAUCUCCCUGGCAGCAGAUUUUAAAAUUAAAAAUGUAUGUAAAAGCACGCUAAUCAUAGCAGAACAUGUUAUUUAUGUAAGCCAAUUUAAUUUUUAUUGCUGGAAAAAAAAAAUAUAUAUUUUCCUGUUUAAUUCUCUCUUUUCAUGGGAUGUCAGCCCAUGGCUGGUGCAUCCUAUAGGCGACUUAGGCCCCCGGGCGGGCGCCAUAUUUAAGUGACCCGGUAGGAGGUUAGCGCACAGUGCUCCCUCCUACUGGGUCACUCAGUGUAGCGUGGCUGGGCGGCGAGGACCACGGUACAGAAGUUCUGUUUCCUGUACCUGGCCAGAUUGAAAGGACGUACUCUCUCAGUGAGGAGUUAUGCUGACAAUUAUGAUGGGCCUAAUCACAGAAUCUUAUUGACCAAAAACAGUCAUACCUCCCAAGGGUCAUGUAUCUGAUGGAGAUGGUGCUGGUGGGAAACUCAUAGGAUGCAGCUAUAAAAAAACACAUGUCCUAUGCUAAUCUCUCUAAUUUAUGCUUUCAUCUUUCAAGCUAAUCCAUACCCCCUAACAGCAGUGUCCAGUGAAGCAGGAAGUCAAUGGGCUGGGUAAAAGGAAGUGCCACUGAUGCGAAUCACGUGACCAGAACUGCCAAAAGGGGCGAACAUGCCCAAUAAGGGGGCAUGUCUGUCCAAAGAAUUGGAAGGCCAGCCUGGCAUGAAUACAUGCCAAUCAUACAGGCUUUCCAACUAAGGGCAUACUAUGCAGACAGCACCCUGAGCUUGAGAUAAAUGCAUCAAAUGAUGCCCCUACUCCACGCUUUCGAAGGACUGUCCCCUUGCACUUACAUGUCCACUUGUCUUCUUACCAUCUUACUAGCAGGCAGUAGCUCCUAGUAUAUGGUCCGGGACAGAGAAAAGGUGUAUGUAGUGAGUGUAGAAGAAAGUGGACAUGCCACAGUGAUAGAGAGACCAAAGUCUGCAUUACCUUAACUAAUUUUAUUGUCAGCCAGUCCAUACAUGUUUUGUUCCCAUACAUCCCCCUUAAGCUUCCAUAUUUAAAGGGACACUAUAGUCACCAGAACAACUUAUUGUAUUUGUUCUGGUGAGUAGAACCAUUCCCUUCAGGCUUUUUGCAGUAAACACUGUCUUUUCAGAGAAAAUGCAUUGUUUACAUUAUAGCCUAGGGAUAACUCCUCUGGUCUUUCCUUAGAUGGUUGCUAGAGGUUCUUCCCGGAGCAGUGCUGCCUAUUGUGCAGCACUGCCAUUCAGUGUUUCCACCCUGUGCGUGCAGACACUGCACUUUCCUCAUAGAGAUGCAUUGAUUAAAUUAAUCUCUGAGGAGAUGCGGAUUUGGCCAGGGCUGUGUUUGACUUGUGCUGGCUCUGCCCCUCAUCUGCCUCCUUGACAGUCUCAGCCAAUCCUAUGAGAAGCAUUGUAAUUGGCUCAGACUAAAACUUCUGAUGAUGUCAGCAGAUAUAGUCCAUUCAGAGCCAGCAGCUGCAGACUUGAAUGCAAGUAAGAUUUUACUAUAUUUCAGAAGGCUAGAUGGUGGUUUCAACAUAAUGGGGUCAGAAAUACACCUUUCUUGGAAAGUAAUGCUAGCCUUAAUAUAACUAUGUAUACAUGACAUAAGGAGUGUCAUAAGAGAGAAUUCUGUAAAAUCACCAACAAACUACUUACAGUUUGAUUCUGCUGAAUAGAUGGAUUGCUCCCACUGUCUCCCUGUCUCUGUGUCCCUAUGUCGCCCAGUCCUCUAGUCUCCCAGUAUCUGUCUCCCCAUUUCUCCCAGUGUCCCCAUGUCCCAGUGUGUCCCCAUGUCACUAGGAUACAUGGGGACACAAUGAGACAUGGGGACACAAUGAGACAUCGGGGCAAUUGUGGAUACAGACAGGGGGACACUGAGACACUAGAGACACUGAGAGACCUGAGGACACUAAAAUACUAGGGACACUGGCUGGGAGACAUGGGGACACUGGGAGACAUGGGGACACUGUGUCCCUAGUGUCUUCGUGUCCAAUAUCUGUGUCUCCCAAUGUCCCCAUGUCUCACAGCGUCCCCAUGCUUCCCAGUGUACCUAGGUCUCCCAGUGUCCCCUAGUGUCUCAGCGUCCCCAUGUCUCCCUACUGCUUUCCCCCCAUCCCCCACUUACAUGAGUUGUAGUCUGUCUCUGCAGGCUGAGCUGCUGUCUGGACUCUGUGCUGUGUAGCUGCUUCUCCGCAGAUUAGUGAGUAGAGAGUGGCAGGGAUAUGCUAUAACUUCCUAUCUAUGCCUCUCCACACACAGUGACCCCUACUGGCCGGUGCUGGUAUUACAGAGUAAUCUCUAUUCAUACUGAUAAAAAAUAUCUCCAUUUGUAUUGCCGGUAUUACUUCAACACCGGCACGGCCAGGCAGCCUCAAAUACCAGUCAGGUAGCAAACCUAAGAGUAGUGUGCCCCUAUGUUAAUCUGGCCCUGGACAAGGGUUACAUGCAUACUUUUCUUAUCCAUUUUAAAUGGAUUAAUGCAUGUAAAAACUAAAAACACUCUACUAAUUUUAGCAUCUUCCCUCCUUAUAAUUUACCUGUACUUUCCCUUUUAUUUCCUGAGGAUUGGAGAGGUGUGCAGGUGACUGCUGGAGGGGCCCCUGCCUGUGAUUGACUGACUUUAUUGCCAAUCUGAGUUCUGCCAAGCUUGCCUGAUGAUCUCUGUAAUGGCAUACCCAGUAAUGUUUCCCAACAGAUUGCCCAAUUCUUAUAUUUAUUGUAAUUUGUGGGGGCUUUAGCUGCUGAUAGUUCAUCACCAGACUAUUGGUGGUUGCUGUGCAGGUGUGCUCCCUUUGCCAAGCGUAGGCGUUAAUUUAAUGCCUCAGAAAUAAACAUGUAUAAAUACUAAUAAUUUAAUAGUGGCGAAAAUUAAAUUAGUUUUCAUUCUAGCUUGGAAUAUUAAAACCACCAACUGGAAAAUGCUAACAGUGAUGGCUAUAAAUUACUAAAAUGUUAUCAUAGACAAGAUAAAAGCACUAACUGAUAUUUACCUGCUGUCACAGUCUUUGUAAACAUGUCUAGACACUGCGGUGUAGCCAUUGUGGGAGCAGGUGCCAGUACUAGUUAACUGCAGCUAAGAACUAGUUAUGUGGAACAGUGUUGGUAUAAACUAGUCUACCAGGGCAGAUGGUUGAAAAAAGUUCUGUGAUGACUUUAGGGUUGAAGGGAGAUACAUUAGAUAAACUCCUUUAUGGUUUAUUGUUUUUCUGUCAAAAUUUAGGAUUGCAUCAAGUUCCCUAGACUUCACAACCCAAAAGUCAGCAAAAAUAGUUUGUCAGGAAGGAUACAUGGCUGUAGAAGGAAGUUUCUUUGCCCUUUCUGUUCCUCUGUUUACCAGCUGCUCAGGUGAUCCGUUUUGUUUGUGUAUACUAGGGGACACCUCCUAAUUUAUCAGCCGGAUUCAGCUAAUGCACACGCAGCGAGACGAUAAAUAGCAGUGCGUGCCAGAGGAUUUUCCUGUGCUGUGUUGGCAACAAAGUCUUUAUUUAAAACACUGCUGGAAAUACAUUUUAGCAAUUAAUUUUUUUUUCAUUUUUUUAAUUAAUAUUUUUGCAGAGUAAUCUUUGUAGUAGAUUGAUCUGUCUUUACCAAUGGAAGAUCUGAUCAUUUUGUUUACGUGUAAAAAAAUUUAAUUUUGGAAUUGUAGUGCUCAAAAUCUGUGGUUUGCUGUGUCCAAAAGAAACGCAAACCCCUAUUUCAGUUUUUAUAAAAAAAAAAAACACAAAACAAAACUACUUUAAGUAUUUAAAAAUUAUUAGCCUAAGGCACAGGCAGUUUUUAAAAUUUCUAUAUUAUGGUUUAUAUACAAUUCUUGACAACAAGAAGAUACUAGGAGGAUAUGUUAAUGUUUCAAAAUAAACUAAUAUUAAACAGACACUCUUGCAUGCCUAUAAGUAUCCUGAUCUAAUCCUAUUAAGUUUAUCUGUGAUAAUAUUUUUUAUUAAAGAGACAGUCAAGUCACCAUAACCACUAGCUCCUAGUUCCAUCCUCCUGUUCUGUGUGGAAAAAAAGUUUGAGUGUUUUAUGAUACAAACCAAGGGUCCUUCGGGUAAACAUGGCCUGCCUCCUCCGUUGCCAGUAAGCUAAUAUAGAAGUUAUAGUUACGUAUUCGUAAUAUCAGUUUCAUCCUUAUUUGGACAGCACCGAUUGGCUAAGAGCAUUCCAACACAUUUGGCUAUUUAGUGCCGUCCAAAUAAAUCAACACUAUUAUUGCCAAAAGUGGAUUUUUGUUAUUAGUAAUACAGGGAGCGAUGAGCCAGACUACAGGAGAAUAUAGUGUUUUGGAUUGCGAAUGUGCUAGAGACGCAUAUGGUACCUGCCAAAAUUUAGAAGACUUUAUCGAUCAGAUAACGAUAUCCGAUAGUGAUCAACUUGAAAGUUUUAAAUUCAACUUGAGAUUUGCUUUGAGUUUCAAACAAUUCACACUUUAUUGAAUAACUCUGACGUUGCAAGGAGAUAUAUGAUGAGAUAUAUGGUAUGGGAUGGGAGAUAUAUGAUAAGAUGGAAGAAAAACUGGGAAAUAAACUCUUAUAGAAUAUGGGAAAAUAGUCAGGAACUGGUCCAGGGAGAGUGUGUGAGAUAAGCAGUAAAAAUGAUAGUUGUCAAAACUAGAUGGAAAUAAGUCUGAAAGACAGAUGACACAGGAAAAAUACUUUUAUUUAUAUAUUUUUGGGCCUCUGAUCGUACCUUAAUCUUAGAUUCGGCACUCUGUAGAAAAUAAUUGUAACUCCUAUGCAUUAUGCCAUUGUAAUAAAUGGGUCACAUUUGAUUAGGUGUGUUUACGCUAAUAGAGAAUUAUGGAGAUCAUAUAUUUGUACUUUUCUCCAGUCUUCUAUGCAACAAGAAGGAUAAACUAGCUAGCCAAAGACAGUUUGUCUCAAUGUAGGAUGACUCUGAGAUAUGGUUAUAGUUGGCCUUCAUCACUUUCAUUGCACCUACCGGAAAUUGUGUAUGCAUGUGACAGUAAAUCGUUGGUUUAUCGCUCCCAGUGGUUGAUGACAAAAUUAUUCAUUAAUAAUAAACAAAAUUUAAAAACAUUAUUUUCUAAGAAACGCAAUGAUCUUUGGAAUGCACCAUUUUAAAAUGUCACAGACAUACAAGGUUUCCCUAGUUCAAAUAUUUUGAUCUAAAAUUUGUGAAAUUAUUUGGUCAGUUCUACAUAAUUACCAAGUAAGUAAAAAACUCAUGUCAACUUAAUAGAAGUCAUUUCCUAGUGACUAAAACCCUUACAAUUCCAACAUCAUUACUGUACGCCAAGUUCUGUGGCUUCUCUCUACACACAAGAUACAUGGAAAGUUGCUAGCUUUGUUUGUUAGCGAGGUGCACCAUCAUCAUGACAACACGUGCUGUCCUUCACCACCCUCUGGUAGAAAUCCCAACCUCUUCAAGCCGUGUAGAGUCAACUGAGUCACAUGCUGUUUGUUCUGGCUGCCCUGCAAGCUGUUUGAGAGUACAUUUAUUUACAUGAUAACACCUGGUCACACUAUAAAUGCCAGCACACUCCUUGCAGCAUAUAGGUUAAAAAUAAAACUUACACAAAUACAAGAGCAUUGCUGCAGACCUUAUUAUCUGCAAGCCAACUGUGUGUGUGUGUGUUUCUGUCUGUCUGUCUAAUCUCUCUCCGUUGCACUAUUUGCACAUUUCCUUAACAGUCUCUGUGCCACAGGAGUGUGUGGGAACUGAGUAUCUCUCAAACUGUACAGGUAUUCCAGGAACUGUCUCUAGAUUUAUUUUAUUGGCCUUUACCCUGAUGUCUUUUUUUCACAAGGUGUGAUUAAUAAAAACAAAACCAAUCACCUCCUUUAAUGUGAAAUUUUUAUAUGUUUUCCCCACUUUUCUUUCUGUUUUGAUCUUUAACCCCUUAAGGACACGACAUGUGUGACAUGUCAUGAUUCCCUUUUAUUCCAGAAGUUUGGUCCUUAAGGGGUUAAAGGGACACUAUAGUCACCCAGAGCACUUCAGCUCAUUGAAGUGGUCUGGGUGCCAGGUCCCUCUAGGGUUAACCCUGCCUGCUGUAAACAUAGCAGUUUCAGAGAUACUGCUAUGUUUACAUUUGGGGUUAAGCCAGCCUCUAGUGGUUGUCUUCCGGACAGCCACUAGACGCGCAUCUGCGACGCUGCAGGCAUUUAAUGCCCCCACCAUGCAGAGCCUCCAUAGGAAAGCAUUGAAAAAUGCUUUCCUAUGGACACUUUGAAUGCGCACGCGGCACUGCCGCGCAUGCGCCUUCCACUCUGCUGACGUCAGCCACGGGAGCUGGCGGGGGAGAAGAGGUAAGGGAGCCCGGCGGUGGAAGAAGGUGAAUAACUGAAGGGGUUUUAACCCCUUCAGCACCAUGGGAGGGGGACCCUGAGGGUGGGGGCACCCUCAGGGUACUAUAGAGUCAGGAACAACGAUUUGUUUUCCUGACACUAUAGUGAUCCUUUAAACAGGAAUUGUCACUUGUGGGUCAUUUUGCUUCCAUAGUGGCACUCAAGGGGAGAGGAAUGAGGUAGACCUGUUUUUUAAAUACUUUUUUAUUGGAUGAUGGAAAUGUAACACUGGAGACAUUCCUUUUUGGUUUGACCAGGAGAUGGAGUUAGGGCACUUUUUUUGCCCCUAUAUAGUAGAAAAAAUGUGCCUAAUGAUUUCUGUCUGCAUUGUAUGACCAUUUUUUUCCUUUUCGCUAUCAGCCGUGGUUUUGAGUACAGAAUUUUGGAGCGGUUCAAUGUAUUUUUAAAAAUGGGUUUGUGGGAUUUAUAAUUCAGCACUUGGCAACAAUUCUAUGAAUGGAUGGAUUUGAUGGCUAAGCUGAUAUCAGUGACACUACUGCUGACAUUUCCAUUCAUUCUUCUAUGUUUGAUUUUCCCAAGAUUAAUAGGAGUUACACUCCCAGACAGCAGCUGUUAUUUGAAUUGUGUCUAAUAAUUUAUCCCUUGUCCCAAUAAUGAUUUGAUAGGAGAGGGGCUAGGCUAAUUUAGACAAAGUGAUUCUGCCUCCAUAGCACCUCUCUCAGUAUACGAUUAUUAAGAAGGGGCUAAAUUAAGGAGUCCAUUUUCAGGAAUGUAACUCCCACUAUUCUAAUCCCUAAGAUUAAAAUAACUCUCAUCCUAAUUUUAAAAAGUCCUGGAAUAUAACAGAUUGCUAAUGGUGAAUCACACAUUAAGGGCAAAUAAUGCCAUACCUGUGAUGUAGACCAGGUGUAGGCAAACCUUGGCACUCCAGAUGUUGUGGACUACAUAUUCCAUGAUGCUUUGCCAACAUUAUGACAAUAAGAGCAUUCUGGGAGCUGUAGUCCACAACAUCUGGAGUGCUGAAGGUUGCCUACCACUCUCCUAGACAUAAUAUUCUCAUGGUUUAUUAUUAUGUAUUCAGAACCCUCCAGUGGCAUUACUUUACCAUAGACCCUGCUUCAGUAUUAUGUAUCAUAUUUAUAAUAUUUAUGUGAGUGUAUGCACACAUUAUAUAUACAAGCACAGAUAGAACACAUAUUAUAGCACCGAUAUAACACAUAUUCUAAAAUCCAGAGAGUGUAGUUAUUCGCUGUCUGUCUUAGCACUGCAGGACAUGCCAUUUAGAUGGACUGCCUUUAUAAAAUUGUAAUUCUUUAGAACAUCUCUAAUGGACUUCAAGUCAAAUAAGUUUAUUACACCCAAGGACAGUCAGUGUUAGGCAGCUGUCACCAGAGGUUCGGCUCUGACUUAUUCACGCUCUGUUAAUUUCUGCGCAGUGCAUUCUACAUAAUUAAAUGUGAGCAGUAGACCAGGCUCGGCUGACUCAGUGUUCUAAAGAAGAUACCACAUUCUUUAUUAUCAAAUACUUUUUUAUUUAUUGAUGGAGGCUUUCCUUAGCUGUUUAAGAGUAUCAUUGCCACACAUGUUCUACUCAGUACAUUCAUUUAUGUGAAUAACUUCUACUUACACAAUGCUUGUUUGUUUGGUUUUAUUAUUUUUACGUUACGGUAGGAAUCAUUUUUAAAAAAUGUAAAUCCUUACUUGCUUACCCCGUUAUCUGCCUACUUGUACUUGUAAAUAAGAUUAGUUCUUGUUUCUUCUUCACCUUUAUGUUUAUUUACUAUAAUUAAUAUGUUAUUAGAUAACAGCAUUGCGUGGAAUCCUGUGAUUUUAGUGUUACGCUUCACUAAGAUCAGAUGUUCUGGAGGGGGAGGGAUGGGGGAUAAAAGAGGUUAUUUUUGUUUUGUUUGUUUUUUUCUCAAACAUAGCUAUGUCAUACUGAUGAUCCCUAAUGAUACCUAAUCAUGUACCCUAUUAUUUUACCGAUGAUCUCUAAUCAUGUAUCCUAUGAUUUUUUUUCUUUCUACAGGUUCAUGUGUCCUACACCCCAGGACAACGUUGAGUUGAAGCAAUUCUUUUAGAAGGUGGAGUCUUGGGGUUGGCUGCCCCAUACACCCAAAUGGUACCAUGGCAAGUCCACAUGAGCCUCUAAGUUGGUCCCCUUCCCCUAAUUUCAUUGUGGAAUCUAUACGAGAUGAUAAAGACUACAUGGUGGCAUUUGGUGACCAUGCCACCAGCGUCCACAAUCAUCAACAAGAUACUCAUGAUAAGUGUGAUGAACUAGAGAAUGCUAGCAGCCCAGUCACAGCAGCUGCCUUGACAUCGAUAAGUGAAGACUCACGAGAUCAGUUUGAGAACAGUGUCCUGCAGCUAAGGGACCAGGAUGAGGCUGAGAAUGUCCCACCUCAGGGAAGUAGUCACUCAGGAGACGGAGGAAGCAACAGUGGGGCAGAAGAUAUCAGGAUACAUUUCAGCCGGUCUGGGAGUGGAAAUGGAGGCUUCUUAGAGGGGCUUUUUGGUUGUUUAAGGCCUGUGUGGAAUAUCAUAGGAAAAGCAUAUUCUACGGACUACAAACUACAGCAGCAAGGUGAGUAGGUGUUAGCUAGUGAGAAAGCGUCGGUGUAGACGCAAAAUGCGUCCAGUUGUUUUUUUUCUGAUCAUUCAAUGAUAUGCUAAUUAUGUUUGCAUGUUUAUCAGCUAAAAGUAUGUGGCUUUCUUUUUGCCUUGUACUCACAAGUUUUGAGUGAAGAUCACUUUUUUUUAAUAGAGAUCCCUCAAAGAGUGGUGUGUGUCAGAUGAGUAGGGCUUAUAAUGUGAUUGCAAGGUGAUUAUGAUACAGUCACUUUUUACUGCCUCAGUAAACCUUGCCCACAGUGGGGUCACAUUGUCUGCCAUAUGAGCACCCCUUAGCCCCUACACAGCUCUAACAUGACUACACUAACCAUUAAUCUAUACACUAUCCUACAGGGCCGUCUUUAAUAGUGAUUGGACCCUGGGCAAGCAUUUGCCUUGGCCCCCUGGACCCUGCUGCCCUCCCACUCCCUGGCAUGCAAUCAUGCCUUACACUCCAACCCAGUGGCGGAACUAAUGCAGAGAAGCCCUGGUACAAGAAAGUUGUUUGGGCCUCCCCCUCUAGCACAAGAGUGGCGAAAAGAUACAUCCCCAUCUGUCAUACAAUUCCCACAAUGCUAUGCCAGCUGGGGAUCUAUACUUUGCUCAUCCUUGUAGGGUUGUAUUUGUGUGCAGUGUUUGUGCAUUUGAAUGUAAGCCUGUUUUUGUAUAGAGUAUAUGUGUGAAUGUAGAGGUGUAUUUGUAUGUACUAUUACAAUUGGAAUGCAAAGGUGUACUUGUGUGUAGUGUUUGCGUUUGAAUGCAGUGGUGUGUGUUUGUAUGUAUGGUUGACUUUUAAAUGCAGGUGUGCAACUGUGAGUUGGUGUAUGCAUAUCAUUUUGGCAUUUUAAUACUGGGUUUUGUUUGUAUGUAAUAUUUGCCUUCAGGGUUGUUAUAGAAUGUAGUGUUGUCUUCUAAACAUUUGUGUAUAGUAUUGGUGUUUGGGUAAAGGGUGUGUUUUAUAUAUAAUUUUGAGUUUGAAAUCAGGGGUGUGUUUGUCUGUAAUGUUUGUGUUAUCAGGGAUGUGCUUGCAUGUUGUUUUUGUUUGCUGGGAUGUAUACACAUACACAGUUACAUACACAUCAACACACAUAUAAACAUACUGACCCAUGCACAUACCUUGACACACAGAUACACACACUGGCACAUGCACACAAAUUCUGAUAUGCACACUGGCACAUAAACACUCAGAUACACACCUACACAGUUACACACACAUACACACAGAUACACACACUCUGACAUACAUGUGAUAAUUUUUAUGUUUGCAGCAGGGCAGGAGCAGAGAGUUGGAGGAGGCACAACGCUUGUAAAUGCUGAUGCUGCUGUGGCAAGGCAAGCUGGUACUGUUAUAUGUAAUGCACAACAAAAAAAAUAAUUUAAAUAUAAAAUACAAAAAAAAUACACACCAAUUAUGUUUCUCAUCCUCUCAUCACCUGUGCUUAAAUGCAACUGCAGCAAUAAUUAAACUAAUCUAAACAGAAAAAAAGCAGUGAGUGGGGGCACAUAGUAGAAACGCAGUGAGUUGGGGCACAGGGUAAAAAAAGCAGUGAGGGGGGAAGGCAGGAGCAGUGAGUGGGGGAAGGCAGGGCAGGGGCAGAGAGUGGGGGCACAGAGAAGAGAAGAAGUGGGUAAGGCAGGGCAGGGGCAGAGAGUGGGGGCACAGAGAAGAUAAGCAGUACGUGGGGGCACAGAGAAGAGAAGAAGUAAGUGGGGAAGGCAGGGCAGGGGCAUUAAGUGGGGGCACAGAGAAGAUAAGAAGUAAGUGGGGGCACAGAGAAGAUAAGAAGUAAGUGGGGGCACAGAGAAGAUAAGCAGUAAGUGGGGGAAAGCAGGGCAGGGGCAUUGAGUGGGGUGGUUUUUCUAAAAACUAUCCUAGCUGCAGCCAUUCACCCAGAAGGAAAGGAUCAGGGACUGGAUACACUUACCUUCAACUCAGCUUAGAGCUGGCUGAGGCUGAUGGGAGUGGGAAUGAGCAGUAGCUCAUACUUGCCUCUCCCCCCCACCCCCAUGCUGAUACCUGCUGCUGCCUCCUUCCUCCCGCGGUGCUCUCUUCUGAAGCUGGGAGGAAGUGAUCGGCUGUCACUUCCUCCCAUCCAGCUAAUACUACAGGGGCCCGGUCUGCUCUUAAAGGGCCAUGGCACCCCACCGGGUGCCUGUUCAGAGACACCCAUCGGUGGCCCUAAAUGCAUGGGCCACCUGAUAGGCCCCUCCAAAUUGUUGUGGGCCCACAGGGCAGCUGCUUUGGGCCCCCCAGGAGUAACUGGGCCCAGGGCAGCUACCCCGUUUGCCCUGUGUUAAAGACGGCCCUGCUACCCCAACACAAACACCUUAACCCUUGCCAAAAACUAUCAUGUAAUAUAAAUUAUACCUAACAAGGAAGUGUAUGUUAGUGGUCAGUAAUGCCGUUUUGAAAUUGAACAAACAUUUAUGAACCACUCGACCUUUGGUCUUGUUAUUAUGAAGCAAGUUGCAUCACUGACAGCGCCCCCAGGGCCCAAUUACAUCACAAAUCCAUGCCUCCCAAUGUUGAGAGGUAUGCUUCAGGGUUUUUCAAUAAAGUGGGAAUUGUUGGGAAUUUAAUGCAAAUUUCAAAUGUAAGACUAAAGCAUAGUUGAACUGGAAGCAGAGAAUUUUUACAUUUCAGUUAUUUUGGCCAUAAAGGUACACUUUAUUCACCAAAAGGUAUAUGUAGCGGAGAGCUGGUAUUACACAGCCUAUCUCCACUUUAGAUCCCAGGGAGGUUCAGGAACAAGCAAUAUAAAUCCAUAGGGUAAAGUAUCCAGCAGGCAAAAUAACAAAGCAGUAUCCCAACAGCAAUCCCAAUAACUGGACGACACACAGUAUCAGGAGCAGAACUAAAGAUUUAUUCACACAGUGGCCUUCUAAAGCCUGCUCCCAUGCAAGGGAGGGAUUUCCAUUAAUUUGUACAGUAGCCAAUCCUGCUCUGGUAACCUUCCACACAUCUCCUUCCCUCAGCCUGCAUAAUAAUCCCCUUAUCCAGCACACCAAUUCCCCCCGUUUCUGGAUGUACCCCUAAACUUAGGGGUACCCCUUUAAAUUAUACAUCCCCUGGUAGCCCUGAUCUGGGUGAACAACAUAUCCAAAAAUCACCCAGAUCAGACUAGGGGUUUGGGAAAUUUAUGGAGGGAAUAAAAUGACCGACCGCACUGGAGUGAACAGCUGAAUGGGGUUCCAUGCGAUGGGGCCCUGCGGUCGGUCCUGGAGUAAGGGAAUAAACUGCACGAAAGCCUCUAGCUACAGAGACUAUGGAGGGUUCGCCUGAAUCCCCUCGUUCGGUUGUUUCUAUCUACCGAACGAGGGGCCGUUCGGUAGUUUGGAACCGAACGGACCGGGCUUGUGGAGGUGCCAGCGGUGUUCGCCUAGUCGAGUGCCCGAUUUGAGUUCCAGACACUCGACGGCAAAACACCGCUGUUCGGGAGUUUUAAAAUGGCCGCCGCCACGUGUUCGUUUCCCGAAUGACGGCCACCCCCGAGAACAAAGGACGGCUACUCAGCUUGUCAAUUACCCGUUCGCAACAAUGUUGCAACGGAUAAUUGAAGGCACACUUCACACAGAGGAGGUCUGACUGUUCGGUAGUUUCAUUCGAACAAACUAAGGGAAUGAAACUACCUAACAUUCAGACAAAUACAAUACAUUUAACACAUAUAACUUUGCUAUUUUACACGAAUGCUGUGACAAAUACAAUACAUUUAACACAUAUAACUUUGCUAUUUUACACGAAUGCUGUUAUAUUCAAACACAUGUAAUUCUCAGGACAGCCCAGUGCCAUCCACUACAGUAUACUUUAGUCACCAAUGAAAGCAUUUUUUUUGGAUAAAUCAUGCCGUCAGUAGCAGCAAAACCUUCUAGUGUCAAAAUAGGAGAGAAGAUUACACAAAGACAAUCUCUGUAAACCGUUAAUUGUACUGAAUUGAAAUUUAACGUGCAAAAUUCAGGUUAUAUUAGCCAACUGUUCACGUUCCUGUGUUGGAAAAUUUUUCUACAUUUUGUAAUUUAAUUUCAAAUUUAUAUUAAAUUAAUAGACAUGUCAUGGUGUUACCGGAGGAAUAACAGGAACAAACCGCAGAAGCCACACAUAGAGAUAUGGACACAAGUCUUCAGGAAGUAACAGGUCUUUUAUUUACACACCGAUCGGGUCUCAGAUGAACUCCUGUUCCAAAAAUAUCUGAGAGGCAGAAAGCAUGGUGCAGAGGCCUUUUGUUAGCAGCAUAUCCCCUCCCAUACAGUAUAACCCCUCCUAUAUUCCUCAGACCAAUCAGCACACAGGAUAUUCAGGAUCACCUUAUAUGGGCAGACCACAUGGCAUUUACAAAGGAAUGUACUAUCCACUUCCACACAUGCUCAGUAUACUGAUGACUCAUCCAACUGUUUGUUAUAAGAUACUAAUUAGCAUAUGCCAUGUGGAGAUUUCGCCCUACUAAAUUUUGACCAUGCUGGAAUCCCAUCACAAUGGUUGAUUAUUUAUUUCCAUACAAACCAACAACACAUGGAGAGACACAAUUGUAUUAAAUAGCUAGGUGCAAACCAAACAAACACUCCAUCAAAUGUUUCAAAUAUCCAAAUAUCCAAAUAUCUAUAUAAUAUAGAAUGCACACUAUAACAAUCUCAAAAAACUAGCUUCAUUAUGUACAAAAAGUACCAAAGUAAAAACAUACAAGAAAAAUAAACACAAUGAAAGAAGCAAGGGGAGGGAGGGGUUGGUAACGUGUGUUUCUGUCUUGUGGCUUGUAAGAAUCGUUUUUGGUAUUUUACCAUUACAUUAUUGUAUUUGCCCUUGCUUCUGUCAUUGUGUUUAUUUUUCUUGUAUGUUUUUACUUUGGUACUUUUUGUACAUAAUGAAGCUAGUUUUUUUAGAUUGUUAUAGUGUGCAUUCUAUAUUAUAUAGAUAUUUGAUUAUUUAUUUCCUACCUGUUCUAUGUUAAAUGUUGUAUAUAUUGUGUAUUAAUAUUGUUUUUGUAUUUUAUUGUAUCCUAUUGCAUCAAUGCAAUGUUUUGUGGACCCAGGACAUGCUUGGAAACAAGAGAAAUCUCAGUGUAUCUUUCCUGGUAAAAUAUUUUAUAAAUUAAUAAAUAAAUAUUUACAAAACACCAGCUUGAUAAAAAAAAAAAAAAAAGGAAAAUGUUAAAAAUCAAAAUGAUGUUAAAAAUCAAAAUCCUGGGAUAAUGCUGGUUUUUAUUAUUAAUAUUAAUUUUAGCAUUUCCCCUUUUAACGUUAAGACCUGCUGGGAGGAUUCAUGAUUUAUAGUGUUUAUAAUUAAGGCUUUCUUAAUCAGCCACCGGACAGAUGGUUAAAAAUCCCCUCCCUCCCAAUCUCCAUUGUCUGCUGCGGGAGGUCUGACAUUACAGUGUUUAUUGUCUGUCAGUGAGUGAGCAGCGUGCGUGUCAGCCUCUGUCUGUGUCAGAUGGUCAUGUGCAGGGCAAGGCCAGUGGGGAAAGGUGGGUGUGUGGGACCAAUGCAAACAACAGCUGAUCAUCAUUUAUUGCCAAAGCCAUUCCUUUUCUUAUAGUGUGUACUGUGGGAGUUGUGUAGAAUAUUACCAAGAGAAUGAUUAAAGCGGACCUGAAAACAUUCUUUACAGAAAUCAGUUUUAAAAAUUAUACCAACAUAUUAAUUGUGUUUAAACCAAACAGUUGUAAGUUGAUCUGUUAUUGCCAUUUCAGAACUGGUGGUUUGUUGGCGUGGAGGUGGCACCACAAUUUUUUAAGUAGUAAAAGGUGUUUAAAAUAAAAUGCUGAUCGUGUGUGAUGUAAGCAGCCACUCAGAACUUGAGAUUAUAACAGAUCAGCUGUUAAAUUCCAACAAGAAAAAUUAAAGUCUAAUCUGUCUGAUAUUGAAUGCAAUCAGUGCCAAGAAGAAUUUUUAUUAUCCACUUCGUCCGUCCUAGAUGUUAGUGAUAGGCCGAGAGAGCUUGGGACAUAUCUCAGUGUAUCAGCGCUCACCACACAGGACAGAAUUGUUAUUGCAAAGUCGAAUGCACUACCAAUCGUUGCACAAAACCUUUUUUAUCAUUGUAUUUUCAUAUUUCGUUUUGAUACCUUAUUUAUAAAUUAAUUAAAAACAUAGGAGUUAAUUUUUGAACAACAGUAUUGUGUUGCAGUAAUACAUGUUUUAUAUUGGAUUGGUAGUGUGUCCUUUUUUUUGUUUUUCUCUUUUUUGAGAAGUGGUGCUGUUCAUAUUCUUCUUUGGAUUGCUGACAUAGAGCGGAUUUAGUCUAAUAGGAUUGUGGAGGAAGACAGAAAAUACAUGUUUGUCUACUCAGUAGGUGGGAAGUUGAAAGCCAAAAUCCUUAUCCAGGAGUCUAAUACUGGCCAAGCUUGUUAACAGAUUCUGGCAUUUUUUUUUUAAUGAUUAAUGGACCUUUCUACAUUUUACAUCCAGUUUAUUUCAAGUAAUUAUUAGUCCCCAGAUUUUGUUAGGUUCAAGGUUUAGUGCUAGAUGACAUUACAGCUUUAUUCUGGACUUCAGUCCCAUCUGAAUGAUUCAAUUGCUUGAAUAUAAAUGGCCCAGUCAAUACACAUAUUUGUAGAAAUUAGAAACGACUUAGACAUAAUCUGGAGUUUGAUUCAUUUUUUGGGGCUGGAGAAAGAGGAUCAUCAUGAUUUAAAUGGCUUCAGAAAAUUUUCCUUGAAUGUUAGUUUGGAGUGGGUUAAAAAACGUUACAUACAGUGAGUUCAGAGAGUAUUCAGACCACUUCAUUUUUUUUUUCACGUUUUUAUGCUUCGUCCUUAUGCUACAAUUGCCAAAAUAUCACAUUGACAUAAGUAUUCAGACCCUUUACUCAGUACUUCAUUGAAGCACCUUUGGUAUCGAUUACAGCCUCAUGUCUUUUUGGGUCUGAAAAGGGUAAGCAUCUGGUGUUUCCGACAUUCAUAUCUGCAGAUCCUCUCGUGCUUUGUUAGGUUGGGUGGGGACCAUAGGUGGUCGCUUAAGAGAUGUUAAAUUGGUUUCAGUUCCGUGCUCUGGCAGGGCCACUCAAGAACAUGUGUCCGUAAGCCACUCUCACAUUAUCUUGUGUUAGUGCUUAGGAUCAUUGUCCUGUUAGAAGGUGCACCUUUGCCUCAUUUUGUGAGGUUCUGAACCAGGCUUCCAUUAAAUCAUGAGAAAGGUUGCCUAAGAGGGUGAAAGAGUGAAGGGCGACCUGCCUUUCCUCUAACACUCCCCCUAGGUAUACCCACAGUAGUGAAAAUAACUCAUAGGGUAUGAAUAAAGUUAUUUUCUAUAAGUUAUUUUCACUACUGUGGGUAUACCUAGGGGGAGUUUUAGAAGAAAGGCAGGUCACCCUUCACUCUUUCACCCUCUUAGGCAACCUUUCUCGUGUUUGUACUAUUUAGGGUUUAGGACCCUUUAUAUCCACAUAGUCCAUUUAUAUGUUGACUUCGGGAUCAAGCUUUGCUUGACCCCUAAGGCUUCAUCUUUUCUUUAUCUUCCAUUAAAUGAUCUCUGUAUUUUGCUAUGUAUAGCUUUCCCUCAACCCUGACCAGUCUCCCAGUUCCUGAAAACACAUCUCAAAUCACGAUGCUACCACCACACUUCACUGUUGGUAUGGUUUUGCACAAGUAAUGAGUGGAGCCUGUUUUCAUCAAAACAUAAUGCUUAGAAUUGAGGAGCAAUAAAAAAAUGUUUUUUUGUUUUUUUUUAAUUUUUAUAUAUAUCAAAAAUCAUUAAGCUUAUUACAUAUUUUAAGGCAAGGUUGUGUAUUUCAUACGUGUUCAUGUCUGUGUGAUUCCUUCUCUGCGUAUGGAAAAUUGGCUGCCCUCCACCCAUGCUGCCUUAACCUAUAUAAAUAUCUAUGCAACUGUGCUAGCCUGUAUGGAGUCCCUGCGUCUAACCUCUGUUUUGUAUUCUACUUUAGACACCUGGGAAGUCCCAUUUGAAGAGAUUUCAGAGCUGCAGUGGCUGGGAAGUGGUGCUCAAGGUGCGGUUUUCCUUGGCAAGUUCCAUGGGGAGGAAGUCGCCAUCAAGAAAGUGAGGGAGCAGAAGGAAACAGACAUAAAGCAUCUGCGAAAGUUAAAGCAUCCCAACGUCAUUGCAUUUAAGUAUGUAUCAUUGCUGUGCACUGAAUGGUUUCGCCUUGUUACAGUGUUACAAGAUGGUUACUUGACUGUUCAAUGAUUGACAGCUCACACGUACUUCCAAACCUGCCUCAAGCAUAGAGAAAUGAAUUGAGGGAACAAUGGAUGCUAAUUUGUUGGUCCUAAAUUAUGUAAAUUAUAAUUUUGAGUUAAAUAAUUUGCUUAUUUGUCAUGGGGCACACCAGUCCUCGAUCUUUAUGAUAUUUGAUUGUGAAACCUAUGACGUCACAGGUAGAGUACAUGGAUGCUGAUGUGAUCUUUUUAGGUUUAACUGCUCCAACAAAAUCCUUCAAAGUUUUUCAAUGCCAUAUUUAGGCACAAAGAGACAAUUCCAAGCCUAUUGGAAAUUGUAGCUAUAUAGCCGAAAAGAGACAUGCGUCUAUCAAAUUCAGCCUUUCUCACAUUUAUUUUGCUGUUGAUCCAAAAGAAGGCAAAAAACACAGUUUGAAGCAAAAAUUUUGCAACAGUCUAGGAAGAAAAUUCCUUCUUGACCCCAGAAUGGCAUCCUCCUUGGAUCAAACAGCUGUUACCCCACUAAUUAAUAAUUAUAUCCCUGCAUAUUAUAUUUUUGCAAGCAUUUAUUAAAUUGCUGUCUAAACAUUUAAUCCAGAUCCAGCAUCUCAGCAAUCCAUCCAUCUCUCUCUUUUCUUGUAUCCCUCCAUCUUUGAGAUGUCUAUUCCUGUGAUAAGUAAAUAUUGCAGUGGGCAUGAAAGUGGAUGAUUCAUAAGUGACAUACUCCCACUACUAACUAAAAUCAGAGAAUGUGUAAUAACGCUGAAACCUUUUACAAUCCUGCAAUAACAUUCAUUAUUCCUUUAUUGUUUCUACUGGUGGAUAUAUUCUGAACGUUGUAUCUUGUAUCUAAAAUCUAACAAAGAAUUCUUGCAGAAUCUUUUAUGAUGCACCAGUGGCAUGCAGACUUUUCCUUUGAGAGCAGACCCCUUGAAACAUUGGCUGCAGUGAUCUACUCUUGCAAAUAGAGCUUAGGGGACACAUAUGUUUUAUAAAAUAUUUUGUGAGUGCUCCUGAUUCUUUGCAAAAUGUACAUUACAUGCCGUUACUAACUGAGCACUUACGAAAUGAUUGCUGUAAAUGGAAAAUUUACGGUGUCUGGGUUAAGAUGAGCGUGUUGAUCUUGUUUAUAGUAAUAAAGAAUAAUGCCCCCAUUUCACAAACUAAGUUACACUGAAUUGCACCUGGGCAUAGAAAGCGAUUCAUGUGAGUGCCAUGUAAUGUACUUGAGUAGAAGCCUAAAGGAAUCCAACAACUGGCAGAGAGGGUAUGAACAGAUUAUUGGAUCCUACGGUGUAGUGAAGAUUGUGACAAAGCUGGAACCAGAAUGUUUAUAUAACCAAACACCUCAUUUUGUAGAACUUGUCCGUAGUGUCCGUAAGUAUGACAUUGUCUUUUUAAUAGGCAAAGUGGGGGGAAUUUUUUAAGACAUGAACAAGUGGAAUUGUGAGGCAAUGGGGUGAGCAAGGAGCAUCUUGAAUAUCAAUAGUAUGAUUCUCAACAAUUUCCACCCAUUUUGCCUCUGAUGACAUGUGUUUGACCCCAUAUAUUUGAGUAAUGAGGCAGUUUUAUUGAUGAGUUAAAUUAAUCUGAUCAUCUUUAUUGUAGUGAUCCAAUGGUCCGGUACCAGGCUUAUCUAUAAAACAAUGGGAAGGAGGAGGCAGUUCCUGUGUAGAGCAAUGAUAUGAGAAACCAGUUCCAACAAUUAUGUGUGUAAGAGCCAAAGGCCAGAAGUGUUUGGGCAUAAAUGUCUGGACGUUUUGUGGUCUAUUCAUCACCUGCUGUAGUAGGCACUUUGUAAGCCAAUUCCUUAAAAGGGCAUUAAAGGCAUGCAUGCACAUUGACCAAGAUGCCACAGCAGUUAUGCUGGGAUAGAUACCUGCCUAACUCUAUUUACCAUGGCAGCUAGAACCAUACCAUGUUUUGUGUUGUGUGUUUGAAAGUCAGAAAUGUCCUUUAAUAGGUUUAUUGCAGUGGGUUUUGAACUUGUAGGAUCCACAGGUUACAUGCAAAACUCUUCCUGCUUAUGGUAUGUGCUGUUAGUAGAUCUCAAGCGUUAACCCUAUCAGGUCCAGGAUUUUGAGACACUCUUGUUAUCAUGACAAUCCUUACAGGCUCUCAAUGAGUUAACAAUACAUCACUAAGCAACUGCAUGGUGAGCUGUACGCAUGCAGUUAUUACAUGCCCAUCUCUGUGAUGUUGCUGUCUCUACAGCUAAACUCCCCUUAAUGCUCUGCCUUUUUCUCUCUCUCUCUAGUCUCAUACUAUAUCCUCCCUCUCUGAGCUUUUUUGUUCUCUCUUGCAUGCCUGAUUCUGGUCUCUCUCGCACAUUUUUCCUCCCUCUUCCUGUUUCGUUUUUCCACUCAUUCCACUCUCCCUCCUCUUGUUCUGUAUGAUUUGCACAUGCGUCUUCAACAGUAAACAACAAAUGACACGUAUUUGGUUCAUUUAAGGUGAGAGGUUGGAGAGUCAACCAAGUUAUUUUAGUGAAAAAAUGUACGGAGGUGUGUACUGCAUCAUCCCCAGCUCCAUCUAACAAGCUCUGCAAAACUGUGCUACUUUUUUUAUUGCAAACCUUAUGAAUUUUGUUGUCUUCCCCAUUGAACAUUGGCAAAAACAAAUCUCUUAAAAUGAAGAAAAUAAAAACAUAACAUUUCCAAAAUCAAUCAGUGUCUGUACCCGCGGCAGUAGAAUAGCGAUACUCAUUCUCUUUACCUGAACCAAAAUAUACCUUUUUGUAUGCACCACUAUCUGUCCUAUGAAAUGAAAGUAUAAAAAGAAGAUUACAGGCUGCCUGGUUUUAUUUUAGGAAUCCUUGAACUGCACAGUAGAACACAGCCGAGCUAGAUGUCAUCUAACUCCUUCACUGCCUUUUCUGCCAGAAGUAAUGUGUAUAAGAUUUGUUUGCCUAUCAAAGUGUAAGAGCAUAAAUUGAGGAGGGUUAAAAGUAAUGGGUUUAUGGCUGGCAACAUAAUUAUUUUAUAAGUUUUGGCAAACCAUUCAUUUCUUAUGGAUUGAAUGUUGUAAGAUCAUUCAAAAUAUUUGUAGAAUUUACAUGUUUGAAAUAGUAAUGCAGAUAUUGAGAACCUGUGGCUUUGUGGAUGUUCUUGUAUAUCAACCAAUCCUGCUACAGAUGCUACUGAUGGGAGGAGUAGUCUAAAAUGGCUGAUGAGCCCCAGGAUGGUUGUUUUUGCUCUAGAAUACUCUGACCGCUUCCUCUUGUCCUGGAGAAAGCCUUCCUAUUAAAUAAUAAAUUAUUUCUCUUUUACAGAGGUGUUUGCACACAGGCCCCCUGUUACUGCCUUAUCAUGGAGUAUUGUGCACACGGACAACUCUAUGAGGUGCUCAGGGCAGGACGAAAAGUAACCCCCCGGCUACUAGUGGACUGGUCAACUGGCAUAGCUGGUGGCAUGAACUACCUCCACCUGCACAAGAUCAUCCACAGGGACCUCAAAUCACCCAAGUAAGUUCUACUUUAGCUGGUUCUACUCUGGAACAUGAUCUCACUGUACUCCAAUGAAGUUCAGUCUCCAUAUUAGGUUGAUCAGUAGCUUUUCAGCAUCAUGCCUGGAUUCUUUGGUUUUUUGGAGGGUUAUUUUAAGAGUACAAUAUGCACAAGGUCCUAGUUGACCAUUUAAAUACAGUAAGCUGCUUACAUUAGCUUUCUCAGAUUGAUUCAUUCAGUUUAAUUUCUCCUCGUCAACAUCCGUGUAAAACACACAUCUCCACACCUGCCAUGACAUGAUGUCAAAUGCUUAUUGCUCUUACAUGAUGGAUUGCAAAGCCAGGCUUAAAAAGCAUGCGGCACAUUGGUAUGAAAUCCAUUAUGCCAGUUAGAAAAACAAGAGACUGUUUUGUGUUUAAAAGGAAAAAUCUUCUAAGGUUCAAAUAAUGGGCUAGAGCCAUACUUAUAUUGAGAUUUUCACAUUGUGUUUACCAAGAUAGCCACCCACCCCUGGCCUUUAAUGUCCAUUUACACAGAUGACACUCAUUUUCUAGUAAUAUAAUUUUUAUUUUUAGGAUAUUACAGUACAGGGCGCAAUGAGUUACAUUUUUAUAUACAUAUUAUGUAAGGUUAUCAUACUUCAAAUUUGUAUAUUUGUUGAUUGACUCCCCUCCCCUUUCCUACCCUACCCUUCUCUUCCUUAAUUGUUUUUGUUUAAAAAUUAUAUUGAAAACUGUUUAAUAAAAAUAAUUUUAAUAGAAUAUAAUAAACAGUAAUAACAUGGAUUUGCCACGCUUAUAUCUAAAUGGCAAAAUCAUGUCAUGUGGAUUAAUUAUGCAAAGCACAAUGCAGUUGCUGUAGAAAUCACUAUUAUCGGUUGUAAGAAAGCUUAGUACAGUAACACAGAUAGUUCCUGUUGCUAUAGGUGCUGGAAAGAAUACAACAAUAUAAAUAUAUUUGUUCAUUCUACAAUAAGUUUUGGGGAACGGAGAGUGAAUUUGCCAAAUGUAGGCUUAUAUAGCUGGAUAAAUAGGUCGGCUUCAUUGUAAUGAUCUUGAUGCUACAAGGUUGGACCUAGGUUUGAACCAAUGUAUUGUCAAUGUUUAUAGAUAAUCUGUUUCAAAUAAAUAUGUAGGUAUUCGCCCACUACAGAAAAUAGUAAUGCUGGUCAGAUACCCAAUUUGAACUAGAACAAACUAGAAUUCUAGAUAGAAAAAUAAACUAAAGUAUAUACAAAUAAAUUAGUGGAAGGUGAACAUAUUAGUUACUAGAACAAGUGUAAUCUUAAUAAUGAGGUUCUGUUCAAAAGUUUUCAGAAACCUUCAUCCAGUAGUACGUGCAAAACUAAGUUUUGCAAUUCACAUGUGCUGCGUAAAUUGGAAACUCUAUAUUGUAGCAGGUUAAACAUACGGACCCAAAGUAUCAAACUGCGGUCUACCUCAGAUCUCCAAGGGAAGCUGAUUCAAUGGCGUUCCGCGAGUCCUACAGGGUUAUAAAUAAGUAUUAACUAUGUUCUGUGUAAUUUCAGCGUUACGCUGAAUAUGUUGGUCAAAUUGUAGAAAGUCUAGAAAAUUAGUCUAUACCAGAAAUGUGGAUCCAGUACUAAAUCAUAAUCUUAUUAAUCAGCAUACCGAUCUUGUUAGACGCUGCACCCCAAUCCUGGUAGGAGGUAAAUACUGUGUUACCGAUCCCUGCUUCUAAGCGCUAUGUAACUGAGUUGAUCAGCAUAAGUGAAUAAAUACCUAACCACUACAGCUAAAAAAUAUAUAUAUGUUAUUAGAUGUCCCAAAGGAUCACCGAAAAGGACAGAGCAUCUGAUUUGCCAACAAUUAACUGUACUAGUGCUGUCAGAAGCUAAAGUGGUUAAGUCAACUCGAGAUCUCGGAGCUAUGGUAAUAGCUGGUCUUGUACACAAAGCUUCAGGAUCACGAGUUCCCCUGAUGCGUGUGUUUCGCCCACGACUCAUCAGAGUCUAUAUAUGCUUAUCCAGGAAGAAUAUUCCUAUUUUUUGAGAAUUAAAUACAUGUUUUACUAUUACCAAUAAAAGUUAAAUUUUAAGGGCACUCACUCCUUUUCUCUUACUAAUUUCUUAGUUAGAGGGUUAACCCCUUUAAGAGUUCCCUUUCAGCUUCCUCCUUUUUGUACUAUUUUCUAAUGCUAUAAGGUGUUAUAAAGCCCACUAGCCAUUGACAUGCUGGUCUUUGCGUUCUCCCUGCAGUGUACUGGUCACCCACACAGAUACAGUGAAGAUCUCAGACUUUGGCACAUCCAAAGAGCUUAGUGAUAAGAGUACCAAGAUGUCUUUUGCGGGCACUGUGGCCUGGAUGGCACCUGAAGUUAUACGCAAUGAACCUGUCUCUGAGAAAGUAGACAUCUGGUGAGUCUUUAUACACGUUAUUGUAUAAAUGUCUGUUUAAUUGAAAUACACUGUAUACUGCAUCAUAUGUUACUUUACUGCAUGUUCCAUUCCUGCUUGUUAUAAAGCACCUGCCAUAGCAUUUAUUUUAACACAGUGUACAAUUUCAGAGUGUAACCUAGGGGUGGUUAGCUGGUAGCUCUUUUACCAGCUGAGAGUUCCGAAAGCUGUUGUUCAAUAAUAGCUGGAGUUCUACCUCUUUGCGAUACGUAGCCAAUUGAGAUUACUUUGGAGGCAUAGCGAUGAUGUUGGAUUCAAUAAAGGAACACUGUUAUACAUUUUUAUUAUUAUUUAAUAUAAAAGAUUACAUGCAAUAUAUCCUGUUUGUGUUCAUUUGCAAUGUAUGCACAUACAUUAAUAGUUUUUAUCAGUGUAUUGAGGGUUCCCUUGCUCUGCGAAAGCAGUCAAUCUUUAAAACCUCUUCAGUAACAAGUAGGUUCUACUUAUGUGCCAACGCUAAAAGUACUUCAAAGAAAUAAAGCUGGCAUGUGGCAUUUCUGGGACUAUUUACCAUAGAACACAAAAAAAAUUUUUUGGCACUUUUUAUCUAGAACACUACCUUUAUUUGCCUUGAUAAAUGCCCGCCCCGUCCCCCUCCCCCACCAUAAUGUUUUAAAUAAUAAUAACUGAUUACAUUUUUCCUUUAGGCUUUUUACAGGUAUGACUAUCUAUCAAUCUGAAAAGUGAUGACACGUUCAACUAUGCACUGUUAGCCAAAUAGUAUAAAUGACAAAUUCAAGAACAGUAAAAACAUAUAAUAGCCAUGAAUGCUCUGCUUUGGGGAAAAAAAAUGUUUACAAAGAUCUCCACUGCUUUGGAAUUGUAAUCCUGGUAGAAAGCAAAGCAUUGUUUGUUGACACUUUGUUGUACUUUACUGAUACAAUAUGAAUCAAUUUUUAUAUUUACUGUUCUUCAGGUCCUUUGGUGUCUUGCUGUGGGAACUUCUAACUGGAGAGAUUCCUUAUAAGGAUGUAGACUCCUCGGCCAUAAUUUGGGGUGUUGGCAGCAACAGCCUCCACCUACCUGUUCCAUCAACCUGUCCCGAUGGCUUCAAACUCCUCAUGAAGCAGACAUGGUAAGAUGAUCUGUUCUAGGGUGUCAUUAAGUGUAAAUGUACAAUGUUUCUGGUGGUAUGUAAUUAUUAGAUGGUCCAUACCAUACCUCGUGUAGAAUAGAUUUAAUAUCACACACUGUUUUCAUAGAGGUGGCUUUUCUUCACAGUUACUGUAUGUGAACUCAUAUUCUAUGAACAAUACAGUUGUGUAAGAAUCGUCUCCUGCUGCCUGCCAAGGAUUGGGUUACCACUAAAAAUUUAUUUUGAAAGUAAAUAUUCAAAUAUUGCUAAUGGAAUGGUCUAAAAAAUAAUGGCAGCUAAUGUCACUCAUGGACAUUUUGAAUCAGAGAAGAACAAUGGUUGCACCUUAACGAUAUCAGUGAUAAACAGAUAUUUCACAGAAUUGUUACUACAUAACACAAAAAGUACAACCCCAAAUAUUGACGGAGAAUUGAAUCCACAUCUUUGUAAUAGAGUCUCAAUAAAAAUUGUACGCCGUGGUCUUCACCAAGCUAAAAUUUGUGACACAUCCACCAUUUGGAUAUGGCUUGUAUCCAGCACUAAAACAUAAAGCUUCAUAGCCAAGUAUAGAAAUCCAGAUAGCAGGAUAGUGGGUGAAACUUUCACUCUAGAUUUUUUUUUUUUUAGAUAUUAAUAGGUUUUCUUUUUAAGAAAAUCAAAGGGUUCUUCCAGUGGGCAUUAUCUUUCUAGUGUCAGCUGUUAAAUAUCGUGGGGACACAUAUCAGACAUUUGUUCAUGAAUGUCGAGAAUAUAUGAAACGGAUGGCAAAUCCCAUUUGCUACUGUGGUCAGUAAAGCAAUCUAGGUUUUUAUUCACUUCCCAAAUUUCAAAAGUCAAGGAUUAAAUGAGUGGAUCCAGUCAAAGAAGAACUCCCCAUUAUAUUGUUUGCGCUGGUUAGGUACAGACUAAUGUACCUAAUGCAGUGUCCCAUCCAUCAAUAAACCCUGAGAAGCAUCCUGUCCAUUACUAAACCCCCGAGCAGCAUCCUAUCCAUCACUAAACCUGGAGGAAUGCCUGUCCAUCACUUAACCCCGAGCAGUGUCCUGUCCAUCACUAAACCCCAAGCAGUGUUCAGUCCAUCACUAAACCCCAAGCAGUGUCCUGUCCAUCAUUUAACCCCGAGCAGUGUCCUGUCCAUCACUAAACCUGGAGGAAUGCCUGUCCAUCACUUAACCCAGAACAGUGUCCUGUUCAUCACUAAACCCCAAGCAGUGUCCUGUCCAUCACUUAACCCCAAGCAGUGUUCAGUCCAUCACUUAACCCCGAGCAGUUACCCUGUCCAUUACUAAACCCCGAGCAGUUACCCUGUCCAUUACUAAACCCCGAGCAGUUACCCUGUCCAUUACUAAACCCCGAGCAGUUACCCUGUCCAUUACUAAACCCUGAGCAGUUACCCUGUCCAUUACUAAACCCUGAGCAGUGUCCUGUCCAUCACUAAAACUGAGCAGUGUAUAAACAAAUAAAGAGAGGAUUACCGUACACUUAUUACAAUCCUGGUUCAACCAGACCUGGGGUGGCUACCCCUCCUGUGAUAGUUGAACACAAAUUGCAGUCCAGGCACUCAAGGAUCAAUUCAGCAGGUUUAUUGGAACAAAGUGCAAUGUUUCGAUCCCACAAGGGAUCUAUCUCAAGACUGAGGAGCAUCCUGUCCAUCACUAAACUCUGAGUAGCGUUCUGUCUAAUACUAAACCCCAUGAAGCAUUCCCUUCCAUCACUAAGCCUCGAGCAGUGUCCUAUCCAUCACUAAACACUGAGCAGCGUCCUAUCCAUCACUAAACCCCGAGCAGCGCUCUGUCCAUCACUAAACCCCGAGCAGCGCUCUGUCCAUCAAUAAGACCCGAGCAGCGCUCUGUCCAUCAAUAAGCCCCGAGCAGCGCUCUGUCCAUCACUACACCCCGAGCAGCGCUCUGUCCAUGACUACACCCCGAGCAGCGCUCUGUCCAUGACUACACCCCGAGCAGCGCUCUGUCCAUCACUACACCCCGAGCAGCGCUCUGUCCAUCACUACACCCCGAGCAGCGCUCUGUCCAUCACUACACCCCGAGCAGCGCUCUGUCCAUCACUACACCCCGAGCAGCGCUCUGUCCAUCACUACACCCCGAGCAGCGCUCUGUCCAUCACUACACCCCGAGCAGCGCUCUGUCCAUCACUACACCCCGAGCAGCGCUCUGUCCAUCACUACACCCCGAGCAGCGCUCUGUCCAUCACUACACCCCGAGCAGCGCUCUGUCCAUCACUACACCCCGAGCAGUGCUCUGUCCAUCACUACACCCCGAGCAGCCCUCUGUACAUCACUAAGCCCCAAGCAGCAUCCUGUCCAUCACUAAACAUUGAAGCCUGUCAGAAACGCUCAGGUGUCAUUAAAAUAGUUGGAAUAAAGUUCCUCUUUAUAUUUAUUUACUCUUACUAUAUGUAAGAUAACUUUUUUUUUUUUUUUUGCCGAUCCCACAUUAAUUUAAUCUUUUAUUUUUUUAUUUUUUUUAUUUCGUAUGCAACAUGUUAGCAGACAUACAACAGAUUUGAAAAGUGGGUGCAUUGUUGCCUACACAGAGGCAGAUGACGUCAAACAGACAAGAGUAAGGCUAAUUACAUAUUUCGUAGUCGUUCCGACCUGGGUAAUGAUGGGCAUUUCGUAACCUCUGAUUGAGAGCAGUUUACCCACGCAGGGGUAGUUUUGUAUACUUAGUAAAUGGUUUGGGAUGUGGGGUUGUGUCAUCAGUAGUUUUACAGCAGUAGCCUACGCAGAGACUUAUAACACAUGGUCCCUGUGGUUGUUUUUUUUGAGGCCGGCAUCUUGUUUUGUAUUGUGCCUUUCUUAAGCAGAUUGGGUAUGUGAUCUCAUAGGGUGUAGCGACUAUGGUGAUAUUGUUUUACGAUAUAUUGCACAGUGGGUGCCAUUGCAUGUCUUCCGUAAGGAAUUGGUUAGUCGAUGUUAGGGUGCUAUAUAAUGUAUCUAGGUCAGAUUUUGUUGCGGGAUAAGGCGGUCCGUCCCCAUUGGUUGCCUUGUAUGAGCGUCUGUGUUCAGAACCCGUGCCGUGGCGCCCUUGUGUUAUUUCUCUCGGUUUGAGGCUGUCUCCGGGUUGGGGUCAGUCGGGCUAUCUGUAUGUCUUUGUGUGGUUGUGGGGGAUGUGUUCUUGUGCGUGUGUCGCUGGUGGUGUUGGUUUAGUAGUUUGGGGGCGAUGGUUUAUGGUCCCGAUGGGUGGGGGACUCGUUUGGCGGGCUUCUAUAGGUAGUGUCAGCUUCCCCUUAUCUAGCGUGGUGCCCUGGUCCUAGAGUCCGGUCUCAGUCACCCCGGAUCCCGGUCUCAUCCUUCCAUGUCCACGGUCGGGGUUCAGUGUUGGUUCAGGGCAGGUUCGUGUCUCGACCCAUGGGACAAUGUGCGCUUCGGGGGUGCGGGGGUGGCGUGUGGUUGUGUGGGGGGGGAUCUUGGGUGUCCUCCCUCCUCCUCUCCGCUUGGGCGUGAUGGUGUCUCUUGUGCCUUGUGAAGGUUAGGACCGUGGGGAUGGGACGGGCGUUCUGUGUGGUAUAGCAUGGCCCUGUGGUGGUAUGUCUGAGUUUGUUCUGUCUUAGUGUUUUGUGGGGGAGUAUGUCAUGUUCCUGGGGGGGGGGGGUUUGAGGUGGGGUCACCCCGCAGGACCGGAGCCCCCGCGCCCCACCGGCGCCCGUGAUCCCCGUCGGCACAAUCUGUUGCAUGUGUUCCCAUUGCAGUCUUCGGGUGUCGCUGCCUUGGUCCUCAGGUGCCCUGUCUCCAGGUGUGUGUGCCGUGGUCUCCUGGUCUGCGUGGUGUGUUGCCCUGUGAUCCGUAGGCCCUCAACCGUCGUUGUCCAUCCGUCGUGGGCGUGUUCCUGGGUUUUGUCUAGUGGUUAGCCAUUGUAGCCAGUGGAACCAUGUCUUCAGGUACGUCUGGGGUCUCCCUUUUGCAGUCAGGAUCAUUUCCUCUAUAGUCCUUAUGUCCUCUACCCUUGUUAUCCAGUCAGUCAGGGUUGGUAUUAUGGAUUUUUUCUAGAAUGUUGGGAUUAGGCUACGUGCCACAUUCACUAGGUACGGGGUGAUCAUUUUUUUGUAGGCGGGGGGUUGUAGAGGAGUCAGGUGUAGUAGGUAGUUUUCUGGCGUGAGUUCUAUGGCGUUGUCUGUGAGCGUUGUAACCACCUGGUGUAUUUCAUGCCAGAAGGGUUUAAUCCGCGGGCAUGUCCACCAGAUGUGGUAUAGCGUGCCCAGCUCAGUUCCGCAUCUCCAACAUUGUGGUGCGCUUGUGUCAUACAUAGUGGCCAGUUUCUCUGGUGUUCUUGGUAUCUGGUGCUUAUGGAGGUUUUGUGUGUCAUCGUGAAUGCUGUGGUCCAUUGGUCUUGGGUCAGCGGAUGCUCAAGGUCUCUUUCCCAGUAUCUGGUGAAGUAGGGAAGUUGGGUGUCUCCCUGUGGUGAGUUUAGUAGUCGGUACAGGAGUGAUAUGGCGUGCGGCGUGGGGGCGUCUUGUGUACAGAUGGCCUCAAACGUGGUCAGGGGUCUAGCAGCCGAGGGUAGGUUGGGGGUAAGAUAACUUUUUAAUGAAAAAUUUAAUAACAUAAAUAUUUUAAUUAACUAACAUUUAAUUUUGGCAACUGAAAAACUGUUUCAAUGUUCUGGAAAUGUUGAAUAUAAACAUUAGACUUUGCAUUGAUGCUGCUGGUAUAAGUGUAUCAAAGUAUUUAAUGUGCUCAUUCUUCUGUACAGGCAGAGCAAACCCCGUAACCGACCAUCAUUCAGACAGAUUCUCAUGCACCUGGAUAUCGCCUCUGCGGACGUCCUCGGAACUCCCCAGGAGACCUACUUUAAAUCGCAGGUAGGAGUAGUGUCUGAUCUGCCUACUCAGUUCAUCAGUUUAUCCACGAGUAAACCAUCCAUUUAUCAAAAACAACACCUUUAUAGAGUCUAAUAAUAAAUGGCAAAAGCAUCUUUCUUAUUGCAAGUUUUAUUCUAAAUGUCCCAUUAUGUUCCUAGUUAAAGUUCAAGGAACCUGUUGGAGCAGAAAUUGCAUUAUUCUUGCAUUGUAAGCAAAAUAAUGUUACCCUAGUGAACAGCCAUAGUUAGAUAGUGCCAUGAUGCUGUUUGUUUACCAAUUUGUGUCGUACACGUUUAUUCCCGAGUGCAUGUUGAACACUGACAGCCAUCAGAAAGACACUCCUCCUCAUUCCGAGCUCAGACUGUGAGUAAACUGUCAGCAGGCUACAGGUAAGGUGGGUGGAUAUUACGAGUGGCAAUUACUUUGCUGUGAAUGCUCCAUUAAUUUCCCAGUUGAUUCAACACAGUGUUAAAGAUAAUGGAAGAGUGCAGCCACCCUCCAUCUGAUGAACAUGACUCAGAGGUUUUUAGCUGAGCCCAAAAAUAGCUAAUUUCUUUCUGAUAACGACUCAAAUGGCCAAAGCAUUUGUGAGCGUAUUAUGACCUGUAUUGUAUCGUCAGCUCCUCUAAGAGCCUUUAAUGGCUUUUCUAAUGUUAGAGUACUUCCGUUCUGUGCAGACUCCCACCUCCCUCCCAUUCUCCUAUCUGCCUUAUUAAAUCAAUGCCUUAGAUUAUUUUUUGUUCUACACUUUCAGUAUUUCCUUACAUCAACAUCCACUUUCCAUUUACAGUCCUCCAUGAAUACAAAGGAUCAUAGUAAUUUGCAGAUUCUUUUAACCCUGACUGUAGCAUAGAGUACUGAUAAAGCUGUACUGUCUUACUUAAAAUGUUACAGAGAUGUUAGCAGGAAGAAACUAUUCCAAAUUGAGUACGUCAAAGUACUUGCUUUUUGUGUUUCCACAAAAGAGGAUUUUUUUGUUGAAAGGGCCAUAUUUGUGAAGCAGAGGUCAUUAGUGGUGUUACUUAAGAACUGUUGAUUUAGGUUUUUACAUUUUUUUAAAAAAAUGUAUGGGGUGGUCGAAUAGAGCACUUUGGCUCUUGCUAAAUAUUAUAUUAUAACAUAGCAGACGGAUAUUUAUUUUGUCACUGACAUUAUUGAUGAAAGAAUUGUUGAACCUUUUCUUACAAUUGUGUAAAAAAAAAUUUACAUUUAAAAAAAGAAGCAUUUGGAAUGAUGUUGACUUGUCAACCUCUUGUUUUGACUUCUAUUCUUGAAUAGGUGGUUCUUUAUAUUUUUGGUCUGUCAUCCUAUUCUUAGGCUGAGUGGAGGGAAGAGGUGAAAAAGCACUUUGAGAAGAUAAAAAGUGAAGGAACCUGCAUUCAUCGCCUGGAUGAGGAGCUAAUCCGUAGGCGCAGAGAAGAACUGAGGUGGGUUCUUAAUCCUUCUCAUGUAGGAUUAAAACAUUUAUUGUUCCUUGUAAUGGUAUAAGAUCUACCCCAAUAUGAUUUGAAAUGGCAAAGAUCACACCACAUCAGUUACCUAAUAAAAUUGAGUAAUAUUCCAGGGCUAAUGUAAGCCAUUAAUAGUUGUUGAGUAGACUGUUUAUUUGUGAAUUCUCCAUUGAUGAUCUCAUAACAAUUAACCGAGUCUUAGGUAUGUUUUUCCAUUCUCUUAGUUCAACCUAAAAUUUGCAGUUUUCUGCUCAAGUCAUUACGAUUCUCAGGUUUGUGAAUAAACAUGACGGUUUGUAACUGUAACUGUUGGGUGUUGUUAAUUGGAAUUCCAUAUAAAGAUUACAGGAUUUGAAGAACACAGCAGUCUUAAACAUGAUGGUGGAAUCAGUGCCAGCUAUAUUUAUCAUCUUAUCGUGAUGCUUACUGAACUAUGGAUUUUUAUUUUAAUAAACUGUGUAAAUGGUGUUCUCUUUUUCAGGCAUGCACUGGAUAUCCGCGAGCAUUAUGAACGCAAACUGGAGAGAGCGAACAACUUGUACAUGGAGCUCAGUGCUAUCAUGCUUCAGCUGGAGGUGCGGGAGAAGGAGCUGGUCAGGUAUGUAUGCUUAUAUAGAUCUAGCCAUCACUGGCGUCAAAUCACAGAAUCUGGUAUUAAGUAGAAAAGACGAGGGAAUAGCAAGUUUUAGGCCAAAUAGAUGAGCUUGAAAAAUAGCUGAAUGGGAAAGUUUCCAGUUUGGUUAGUUUUACCUAAGAGUUGUAUUUUCCUUUUUAGUUCUCCUUGCUUCCCAGUUUAGUAAAUAAGCACAAUAAUUCCACACAUCUAGCUACUCGUCCAAAAAGUCAAGGAAGCAGCACAGCACACCAAGCAGACACUGUUCGGCUUAUUCACUGAACUCCAAAUGAAAGUCAAAAUGGCAAAAUUAAGGCAUUAAGCAUAUCCCAUAAACCAAUGUCAAGAAUGGGUUUACACAACAUAUAGUUGAGAUGAGUGGGCAUGUUGCUUAAGCUGAUGGUAGUUGUAAUAGCUGCAAUAGCUUGGUCGUGGUUCGGAAUCCCCAUAGACAGCUGUGAACAAGCUAGUUAAAACUCCUAUAACACUUAUAAUAUGUGCCUGUCUACAGAUCACACAUCGUAAAAGUAGUUUGGAUAGAGACAGUAAAAGAUUCUUCAGUGACAUCUAUGAAUGUGUGGAUAUAUUUAAAGCUGUGGGGAUAUUUGGAAACUGCUGUAGCAAUAGUCAGUAACGAUCAGUGGUGUAGGUGAUUAAUACGUGUUUUUGGGCUUUCCUAUACCAGACGUGAACAGGCAGUAGAGAAGAAAUAUCCGGGGACAUAUAAACGCCAUCCUGUCCGACCCAUUGUCCAUCCCAAUGCUGUUGAGAAACUUAUCAAAAAGAAAGGUGCUUCCUCUAAGACCGUUUCACAGACAAAGAGGUAAGUUAUGUCUCACUGCCCAUACUGCAACAGUGACCAUUUUUGUUCCUCUGUCUUGCAGUUAUUAAGCUUCUAAUUACUUAUUGACAUCUACCUGUUAACACCUUCUCAAGCAUGGUGGGACUCGCUAAACUGCUUAAUGUGCAUCAAUUGCAGUCUAACACUACUUUUUUCACUUACAGACCAGAUCUCCUCAAGUCAGAUGGCAUUGCCAGUGUAGAGGGGACUGCACCAAGUGGAUCACCCAUUUCUGGAAGUCCCAAGAUCACAGCAGGAGGGAAAAACCGGUACCGCAGCAAGCCACGUCACCGGAGAGGCAACAGUAAAGGAAGCCACAGUGACUUCCUAGCUAUCCUGAAACAGCAGGAUUCUCAGUCUCCUUCUCUUCCUUCCACUCAUCAUCAUCCUCCUCCUUCUCCACUUUUUACUCCUAGCAGCACUCACAAUGAACAUACCCCACCCACACCAUCCCGUCAACAAACUCUUAAUGUGCAUGGUCAGAACAUCGCUUUAUGUGCCAACAAUCUACGCUACUUUGGCCCUGCAGCUGCACUAAGGAGCCCCCUGAGCAGUCAUGCACAGCGGUGUAUGUCUGGAUCUAGCCCUGAUCUCCUCUCCAGUACUCUGGAGGCAGACAGUCGUAUUAGUUCUGUAAAUGACUGGGAAUAUUGCCAACAAGAUACUUAUAAACCCUGCCCUGGCUGUGCUGAGGUGUCUGCUCAUCAAAACUUGGACUCUGGAAAUUGGGACAAUUCUAGUAUUGGGCGCAUGGAGAUGGGAUUGGAUGGAAUUCCACCAGACUCUCCAAGGCACAACCACAUGCAAGAUCUACCUGAGACUCUGGAAGGCGAUGGCGAUCAGCUUACCAACAUUAGGGCAACUCUGGGUGUGGUUGCACUGACAGCACCAACCCCUUCUGCACUGCCACGCAGGAUACAAGCCCUGCGAAAGGUACUUAAAAUGCAUAUCAAGUUCUGGUAUCUACUAUGUUAUAUAAUUUAGGUACAUUGUUGAGAAAAACACAACUUUCAAUCUUUUCUAAAAUACCCAAACCAGUUACUUAAAAUAUUAAAAACUCUAAAUGGGCUUGUUAUAUAAUUUCAGUGGCAAUUUAUUUUGUCUAAAAAAACCAUAAAUAAAUUUGGCAUAUAUAAUUAAUAUGGACCCAUCACAACCCAGGAUUUGUAAUAUUAUGUUUACUGAUCCCCUUUUCUUGACAAACUAUGUGUAUGUAAGAUACGUAAAAACACAAUUUAAGGUGCCAUGGGAACCACCUAUUGUAAGUAGUCAAACUGAUUUAGAAUGAUUUGAUUUCUUACCUGAGGCCCGCCAGGCUUCCCCUAAUGCAGGUAGCAGUAAAAACCAGAAACUCCUUUUAAGAGCUCUCCUAAGCUACGCCCUGCAGUGCAGGGAUAGUUCUUUGACGUAACAUAAAAAAUAUCUUCUUUUUCACAGGAUGGUGAUGAAUCAUCUGAAGAAGAGGAAGGAGAAGUGGACAGUGAGGUGGAGUUCCCUAGAAGACACAGGCCUUCCAGAGGCAUGGUUACCUGCCAGUCGUAUUCAACAUUCAGUUCAGAAAAUUUCUCUGUGUCGGAUGGUGAAGAAGGAAACACCAGCGACCAUUCCAACAGCCCAGAUGAUAUGGCUGGAUGCAACAAAGACCACUUGGGCGACAAGUUGGAGGACAUGUUGUCCCAGACUCCAGAGAUUCCCAUUGAGAUUUCCACGCAGUCUGAUGGUCUUUCUGACAAAGAGUGUGCAGUGAGGCGAGUCAAGACUCAGAUGUCUUUGGGAAAACUUUGCUCAGAGGAACGCAACUAUGAGGUGAGUUCAGCAUGACAGAUGCCAAUAAGAUAUCUUCAAUUUCUAACCUUGUGUCUUCAUCACAGGCAUAUAUGGUUACAAAGAAAACAAAAAAAGCAAGGAACCCCAGAAGGGGAACCUGCUAAAAUGUGUGUCUGGGGCAACCAGAAUAGGGGGUAACCCUCACAUAUACUUGUGUAGAUAUAAAAACAGAGUGAAGACCCACAGGGUCAGAGUUAGGAAGCCCCUUGGUUAAGUUGUAUGUAUAUAAAACGUAACUUUUAAUAAUGAUUGUAAAAACAUCCAUACAUUGAACCAAACAUUAACAAACGGGGGGGCGGAGCCAACUGUGGAACAGAGAGGACACGUUUUCCCCGAGCCUGGCUCGCUUAAACAGCAAAAUAUACCGUGAACGGACAUCUCCGAAGCCUAAUCCCAACACCAGUGGGGGAGUUAAAGAGAAUGGGACGGAAAAACAAAAAACCCAAGAGCGAUCGGACCACGACAAGCCGAGAUAUUGGUGAAUUCCUGAGGGGCGCCCAAAGAGCCGCAUGGGACAAAAUGGCGCUGGAGGGGGAUGACUCCUCGUACUCCUCGGAAGCCAACCCGCUUGACAUUGGAGAGGAGAUACCACUCGAUAUAGCCAUGAGACCCGCAGCCAAACAUCCAGCCCUAGCUGAACCCGUAACAGCUGCCCAACUGAAAGACAUGUUGGCUGAGCUUAGGGCGAAUAUAGCGGCAGAUAUGGCCUACUUCAAAACGGCCAUUGAAAGCGCCACCUCCCGGAUCACUCUCCUAGAGGCCACAACUAGUACCCAAGACUCCAGGCUAACCGUGUUGGAAAACCAGAUUGCAGAACUGCAAACGCAACAGCUGACAACCACCGACAGAGUGGACGACAUGGAGGACCAGAAAAGGCGCUACAACCUUAAAAUCUGCGGCAUCCCGGACUCGAUAGGUCUAACUGACUUACCUCACUAUGUCCGCUGACUGCUCAACACGUUGCUGCCACCCAAACAGGCCAAAGUGGUGAAACUAGACGGCCUAUUUCACCUACCAAAACCGCCUACAGCGCCCACGACUGCCUCUGCCAACCUUAUCAUACGAUUUCAAUCAAUGUCGGAUAAAGCCCUGCUGCUCACAGCCACAAGGGGGAAGACCCCAAUGCACUUCGAAGGCUCAUCCCUAACGCUGUUCCAUGAUCUCACCCGCAACACCAUCGCAUGGCGAAGGUCACUGAGACCGCUGCUGAACAUCCUUCAAGCACAGGAGAUCCAGUACCGCUGGGGAAUUCCUAAGCAGAUUCUAUUCACUCACAUGAAUGUUGCCUACAGGGCCCGGAGCUACACGGAACUUGAAGCUCACCUACAUAAGAUCGGCAUCACGGGACCACAGAGAGAAGCCGGCUCAGGACUAGCACACAUAGACCCCUCUGACAUCAAAGAAUUCACCCCCCGCAUGGGGCGACGCCUAGGACAAGAGAGACUGACCUGAGGAUUACUCUACGAGCAACCACCCUCAGCUCACUGGUUGAACGACCGGGCUCCUCCUAACACCACCACCGAUGACCACUCGGACUUAUAACCCUUAACACUGGUUUGAACUUUCUCUCUGUUCCCAAAACGCUUACGUUUAUUUUUGUCUUAAAUCUACGUUUUUGUUUUCUUUUGUUACUUUUUCACUGGUUGACUGUUUAAUAUAGCCCUCGCAACGCCUCACACACUUAGGCCAACACAGCCGACCUAUGUUACAGGGGUACUCCCUCUGGCCUGAGGAUACAUAAACACGGACGAGACCUUUCUCCCCUCCCCCCCCCCUCCGGGCCUCGACACCCUAGAGAGUUGCAGCCUGAGACUUACAACCGAUACCGGAGAGGUAACCCCAAACAGGGAUACACGAGACCCAAUGACGCGACAGCACAUACACACCCUGGGGACAACACUGGAUGUAUCCACUCAUAAAUUGUUUUACUUCACUCACCAUACUUUUCUUACCCUCGACUCGACUCACCUGCCUAACAUAUACUUUCCUACAAGCCUAGCCGACAUGUGUGACGUCUUCUGGCCAACCCUUCUGAUCAGCCACAUACCGUACACGACAAUAGCGGACAGAUGUCACCAUAUGGGCUGGGACUACCCUAUAAUUGAUGUAUUCUAUGUAUACCACGCCUUUAACCGAAAAAUAACAGUGCAGCAUACAUAACCAUCUCUGCUUGCCAAUUGUCUAUGAUGGAAAUGUAUAUGUUUAUACCACUGCAAUUUGUAUACUCCCUGCUGCACUGUCAAAAAUAAAGAAUUAAAAAAAAAAAAAAAACAUUAACAAACAAAUAAAAGAUGGUUUGAAAAAAUAGGGAGACCAGAAGAAAAAUAAAUAAUAGAAAAUAAAAGGGGGCACAAUAAUGCCUUUAAAGGAGAUAGCUUCUAAUUCUAAGGUCACAUAAGUGAAUCUCAUGUACAAUGAAGAAAUCCCCCUGCUCUUCUCAUAUCCUGCUUAUAUAAUGUGAUCUAUUGACGCUGCUACUACUCGGAACACUCUGGGUGAAUACACUGCUCGAUGAUAGCAAAAAAACGAUACAUAUUGACAAUGUAUCAUAAAAUGGAAGGUGUCAGCACACCUGGGGAAUAAAAAUACAAAGUAUCCCCUGGUGUGAAACCAUAAGAUGAAGAGCCAAAAAAAAAACCCCAACAAAAAGCCUUGCAACAAACACUAGUGGGAUAUACAGCCACCACCCCCUUGAGUUUCCUAAAUACUUGUCCCAGUGAGAAAGCUAAGAAUACCCUAGCCGAGCAGCAAAAAACCCUCUCUAAAACUUCGUAUAGCAAGUGAUGAGAAGAGUCAAAAUGGUCUCCCUGCCUACUGCCUAACACGUGUUUCGGCGCUAUAGAACGCGCCUUCUUCCGAGGCUUAGCAAACCUCUAUCUGUACAAAAGGCUGUUUAAAUAGCCGCGUAACGCCAAUGAAAAAGAGGGGGCGUGUGCUUACUGUUCGGGCCAAAAAACUAGGUCCGAACAGGCCACGCCCCCAAAUGUGCGUAGCGGCAGUUGAUUAGAUAGCAUCAUACACUUGUGGACACCCAUGAAAGAGAGGGGGCGUGUGCUUACUGUUCGCACAAAGAGCUAAGUCCGAACAGCCCCCAGCCCCCUGGUGUUGCGUGGCAACGAUUGAUUGAAUGACAACCUAGACUUGUGAAUGAGCAAGUCCAUGUGUCUCCUCAUCGGAGGAACAAGCAUUCAUAGUAAAAAUGUGUUCAAAAAGUUGAUAUUUUGUUAACAUCUCCUCAUGUAUCAUGAAGCAUUAAUACAGUAGUGAUAAACACUUCAUCAUGUCCCCUAACAGUAUAUCGGGAGGGCACCUGUUAAGGACCCCCAGAUAAUAAAAUAUAAAGUGUAACAUUUGCCCAUAUGUUCUUAUCUGGGCAAAGUGGCCCAGGUAAAAAUGUGGGCGCAAAAAUCAAUAGAAAUAGGUGCAUCAAGCCUAAAAUAACUGAAAUUCAUUUAUUUAAACGGCCUCAUGAUUACACUUCUGUGAUGAACAUAAUAUCUAUCUGUAUGCCAGACUCAACUAGUUGGUGGCAUUCAGCAUUCAAAAAGGUGGAUAAAAUCAUAUGGACUCUCAGAAAUGAUAGUGGUGAGUCCUAUUGGGGAUCACUGGUGUUAGAUUUAAUGUGUGCAAUCUAUUGGAAUUGUCACUAAAGGUUAGCGCCAUGUUUAAUUCACUUGAUUUACAUAUAAACCAAGGGAUAAACAAUACCAAUGAUCAUGACCCUGAAAGGACCUAAUAAGCCACCACAGAAAUAUUUGGGAGAGAAAAAACCUUUUACAAAUUAAUAUGUUAACCACAUAACACAAAUAUGCACAAAUUUAGAUGGAUCAAGCGAUUAAUUCUAGUUCACAGCCUCUGUAUAUCAGAAAAACUAAUAAUAAAAAAUAAAUGAAUGAAAAAAUAUAUAUAUAAUCUCUAUACAUGCAACAAAACAAAGUACAGUUACUCCUAGGUACUCUCAUUUGUCAAUAAAGGGAGUUUAAAGGUAAAACCCUCAUUUAGUCCAUAGGGGGCCAAAGUUUUGAACCUGUAUAUCCAAUAACAUUCCCUUUUGAGGAGGGUAGGAUCAAGAUCACCUCCUCUACGUCCCAAAAGAACCUUCUCAAUCCCUGCAAACCUCAAACCACUUGGGUCCCCUUGGUGGCGGUUCUUUAGAUGUCUUGCCACCGAGGUAUCCUUAAGAUUUCUAACAGAGUGUACAUGUUCCAUUACCCUCCUUUUGAGAGGACGAAUGGUUUUACCAACGUAUUUUAAUCCACAUGUACACACCAUAAGGUAUACGAUGCCCUUAGAGUUGCAAUUAAAAAAUUGCUUCACACUUAGCACCAUUUUAUCACACAUUUUAGCAGGUUCCCCUUCUGGGGUUCCUUGCUUUUUUUGUUUUCUUUAUAUACAGGGUUUUAAUACCUUCGUGUGUCAUUAGCUAUACUCCAAGUACUCUACAAUAUGGCCAAUUUUUUGAACCAAUUAAAAAAAUCCAAACCAACGGUGCUUGGAUGCCGAAAAGGUGUUCACAGAUAAGGAAAGCACCUUUCUCUCCCAAGAGACCAGUAUUGAUUCUAAAUUUAGACAUGUUUCCAAUGUCUGUAAACAGCAAAUACGACUGUGCUGGGAAAUCUCAUCCCUGCAAAAUUACAUGAGUAAAUCUAUGAUACCUAGGGGUCUCAGGAUACAGAUUAUGCCCAAUAUACAAAUGGAAGAUCCCAUUCUUCUGAAAGAAUGGGAGGAGGCAGCUAAUGCAUGUUCCCGUACUUUUAUGGACAUUAUAUGUCACUUUGAGAGUCAAAGAUUAGUGGAGAUUAAUGAGAAAGUGAAGGAGGCAGUUGAGGCCAUUCAUUUAUUUUUUAUUAUUAGUUUUUCUGAUACACAGAGGCUGUGAACUAGAAUUAAUCGCUUGAUCCAUCUAAAUUUGUGUAUAUUUGUUAUAUGGUUAACAUAUUAAUGCACCUAUUUCUAUUGAUUUUUGCGCCCACAUUUUUACCUGGGCCACUUUGCCCAGAUAAGAACAUAUGGGCAAAUGUUACACUUUAUAUUUUAUUAUCUGGGGGUCCUUAACAGGUGCCCUCCCGAUAUACUGUUAGGGGACAUGAUGAAGUGUUUAUCACUACUGUAUUAAUGCUUCAUGAUACAUGAGGAGAUGUUAACAAAAUAUCAACUUUUUGAACACAUUUUUACUAUGAAUGCUUGUUCCUCCGGGAGACACAUGGACUUGCUCAUUCACAAGUCUAGGUUGUCAUUCAAUCAAUCGUUGCCACGCAACACCAGGGGGCUGGGGGCUGUUCGGACUUAGCUCUUUGUGCGAACAGUAAGCACACGCCCCCUCUCUUUCAUGGGUGUCCACAAGUGUAUGAUGCUAUCUAAUCAACUGCCGCUACGCACAUUUGGGGGCGUGGCCUGUUCGGACCUAGUUUUUUGGCCCGAACAGUAAGCACACGCCCCCUCUUUUUCAUUGGCGUUACGCGGCUAUUUAAACAGCCUUUUGUACAGAUAGAGGUUUGCUAAGCCUCGGAAGAAGGCGCGUUCUAUAGCGCCGAAACACGUGUUAGGCAGUAGGCAGGGAGACCAUUUUGACUCUUCUCAUCACUUGCUAUACGAAGUUUUAGAGAGGGUUUUUUGCUGCUCGGCUAGGGUAUUCUUAGCUUUCUCACUGGGACAAGUAUUUAGGAAACUCAAGGGGGUGGUGGCUGUAUAUCCCACUAGUGUUCGCUGCAAGGCUUUUUGUUGGGGUUUUUUUUUGGCUCUUCAUCUUAUGGUUUCACACCAGGGGAUACUUUGUAUUUUUAUUCUCCAGGUGUGCUGACACCUUCCAUUUUAUGAUACAUUGUCAAUAUGUAUCGUUUUUUUGCUAUUAUCGAGCAUUGUAUUCACCCAGAGUGUUCCAAGUAGUAGCAGCGUCAAUAGAUCACAUUAUAUAAGCAGGAUAUGAGAAGAGCAGGGGGAUUUCUUCAUUGUACAUGAGAUUCACUUAUGUGACCUUAGAAUUAGAAGCUAUCUCCUUUAAAGGCAUUAUUGUGCCCCCUUUUAUUUUCUAUUUUCUAUUAUUUAUUUUUCCUUCUGGUCUCCCUAUUUUUUCAAACCAUCUUUUAUUUGUUUGUUAAUGUUUGGUUCAAUGUAUGGAUGUUUUUACAAUCAUUUAUUAAAAGUUACGUUUUAUAUACAUACAACUUAACCAAGGGGCUUCCUAACUCUGACCCUGUGGGUCUUCACUCUGUUUUUAUAUAUGGUUACAAACCUACAACUUGUUCAAUUAAAUAGUUAUAUGGGAAAACUAUGGAAUACAUACAGCCUCCUGGGCUAUUCUAUUAACAAGAAUUCUUAUAGCUAUGUAGCUAUUACUGGGAUCCUUUUCAUAUUAAGCUAAUAUUUUCUUCUUCAUUUUUAGAACGGUGGAAACUUUCCGGAGUCAGACUGUGAUACAUCAGAUGGGGAGUGCUCUGAUGCAACUGUAAGAACCAAUCAUCCUGGCAACUCCACCAACUGGUAACAAAAACACCAGUCGGCCAGGAUCAGUAUUCCGUUCCCCCUUCAUAUGGCGCUGACCCGAUUUCCCCUUUAAGCCCUGUAUAGUCCGUCAUCUUUAUAUUUAACCCUUCCGAUGCUAUACAAAGGACAGCAAUGCACUGCAAAACAAUACAUUGUUGGUCCUUAACUCCCUUCCCUCCAUGCCCAGGAAUAGGGUUAACUGAUAUUAUGUUUGCAAUAAAGAGGGCCCAAAGACUCAUGGGAAUAUCCUCCCAAAACGAACAAGCUUCUUAAAGGAAGCAUUUUAAAGAAUGGCAGGGAUAAAUAUUUUCACUAAAAAAAAAAGAUCUAGGUACUGUAAAAAUUCCAUAUUUAUUAUUACUUUUAUUUGUGUUUGGUCCCUUUUUACUGGUGAAAAGUACAGACUUAAAUUAAAGCACUAACAGGAUGGAUCAAGGAAAAAAGAUGGCGAUGGACUCACAGAUAUAUGAACGUUUUUGCUGCUGUUAUUUUAGGGACCAAAUAGUAAUUUAAAAAAAAAAAUUAUGAUUUUUAAAAUAGGCUUUCUGUAUGUUGAUAUUGAAAGAGGAGUUUAUUUCACAGAAAAGCGUUUGAAAACAGGAACUUGUAGAACAUUUGUGUGGAUACACGGUAUGACCACUUCUUUCUACAGUGUUCUCAUCUCAUCUUAGAAGUGGAAGGCCACUGCAAAGUGAAAUGAAGGAAUGUUGCACAAAGAAUGGUAUUGAACUUGUGGUGAAUAACAAAAUUGUAUUAUUUUGUAGUCUAACAACAAAAAAGAUCAACUGAAUUGUGUCAGAGAUUUACCAUGGCAAUGUUUAUGUAAUUUCUUUUUUUUUUUAAAACAAGAUAGUUUGAUGAUGCUAAAGAUCAUCAAUGGCCAUGUGUGUUUGAAAAACAAAAACACACAUUAGCCCUAAGCUCCCUAAAGAUCAAUGGCAAUUGGCUUUAGCUUUUGAAAUCUCUGCUCUGUCCUUAGAAUAAACCUUAGAACGGGAAGAAGGUGGCCAGUAAACUGAGCAAAAUUUUUUGGAAAGCUUUUAAAGACUUUGUUUGAAGACUCCAGACACCAGCACUUGUAAACAUGUCCCAUGAUGUGUAUUUAUGUUUUUGUUUUUCGUGGCUACAGACCGGACUUGAGGAAGUCGAAUGUUGACUCACCUUCCCACUCAGGAGCAAUCCCAGCCAUAUAUAUUUUUGUGUAAUAAUUGUGACGUUUCCCUUCUUUUCAAAUACAACCCAUUGCCCCUGUUGUCCAUGUGAGCAGACUAAAAUGCCCUUUUAUCCGGUACUGUAACCUACUUAAAGCACACAAUGUAAAGGAGAACGCCGUAAAUUAAAUUGAGAGUGUACUCUCAUGUUAUACAAGGGAAACUUAACUUUCCCUUUGUAUGCUUAUGGCAUUAGAGAUGACCUCAAGGUCAGAAUUCAGGUAUUUGGAGUAAUAGGCUCAUUCCAGAGAUACUCUAUGGGGUAGUUCUAUACAUCUAACUCUUUCGUUUCAGGGUAUGGUCCUUUCUUUCAUGGGAGUUGUUAAAUGUAUCUCACUCAGUGAGAUUACAAUUUUAAACAUAUAAUGUAGGAUUGUACCAAGGUGAAUGCCAUUGGUAAAAGCUAGGAAUAAUGGUGUGAUAAAGAACAUAUCUGUCUUCAGCCUUUCCUUCACAUAUUGUGAACUGCAUGUCAAUUAACUUAAACUGGGGAUCCCUUUACCAAAACAUAAGACUAUGUCAAACUGGCAUGCAGGGAAUAGUGUCUCAUAUUGGCUAAUGGAAAAAUUAUUAUGGUUAUCUAUUUCAGGAUUAAUGAUGGUUUACAUCCACAUAUCAGUCUAAUCCUUAGAGCAGUGGAGGCUGGUUACAUUUCAAGUUGGUGGGGCGUCAGACUGGACAUAUGGUUUUAUUCCACCUCUAAAUGUUUUAAAGCUUGAAUAGGAAUAUGUAUAUAUGACUCUAUUACCUCCAAAAUAUGUGGAUGAUCCCAUAUAUAGGGAAUAAACCAUACAGACAUUUUUCUGUUAAUUCAUUAUAAAAGUUGGCAAUUUUGAGGCUUAAUUCAUAUUACAAGUGUAAUACAGACUUUAGCCACAAGAUGUCACCAAAGGAUUACCGGGGAGGAGCUGGGAGGGGAGGAGAAUGCAGACACAUACUUCAAGCAUCCAACUACACCAGGGGAAGUGGAGUUCUGACAACCCCGCCCUCUGAUGCAAACAGCCAAUCAGAUCCCAGUAGGAAGGUCUGCCUACUAAGGGCUGUUUUUGUCUUGCAUAUUUGCCGCCUUAAUGAGCUCCAUUAGGAAACCAUAGGUGCUGCCAGGCAGCCAAUGAUAGUGGAGUAAAGCACUUUCCCUGGAGGUUCCCUGUUGCCUAACAAUCUGAUUAGGUUUUUAUUUAUUUUUUUUUAAACUCUACCUAGCAACAACAGAGGGCAAUGACAAUGGGAACUGCAGCACUAAUAUUUAAAGGAACAGAACACAUUUUUAUCACACAGGCAUAUAUCCGAGGUGUAAGUUUACCCCCAAAAAGUUAAAAACCCAACAGAAAACCCCCCAGUUGGGUUAUUGUUUUUUUGUUUUUUUUUAAAUUUAAAGAAAAACUGGUGCGGUGCUGCCCCUAUGGAUGAGCCUCCACUGCCUUAGAGAUCUUACUCUGCCAUGAAAUGUCCUACACAAACAGAUUUAAUGCGUAUACUGUUAAAUGGUAUUUAGAGAUGAUCUUGUGAGAAUGCCAUUGAUUAUCAGGUUAAAGGAACACUCCAAGAACCAUAGCUACUACAGCAUGCUAUAGUGGUUAUGGUGCUAGGAGAGUACAAAUACCCCCAUUGUAACUAGUCAACUUGUUUUAAAAUAGUUUGACUUCUUACCUGGGUUCCGCCAAGAGCUGCUUUCCCCUAAUUCACUGUAGUUGGAAGCUCUCUUCACUGAGCUAAGAUGGGGUGGUACAGGGUUUAACUAAUUGGCCAAGAUCUGUCAGCUGAUACUCUGUCAAUGAGCUAUCCCUGAACUGCAGGGCUUGACUCAAGAGAGCUAGUGGAAGCUCAUUUUACUGCCAUCCAUUUUUUUUACUGUCUCCUUUUACUGGGAGGCCCAGUGGAUGUCAGGUAAGAAAUCAAAUUGUUCUAAAUCAAUCUGACUACUUACAGUGGUGGUCUCCAGGGCAUUUCUGACACCAUGACCAUUACAUAACACUGUAGUGGUUAUGGUGCUCCGAGUGUCCCUUUAAAUUCUUUUUGAUGGCCGAGAAGUUAAACAGUAGUGCUUUCCUUAAAUAUUAAAAACUGGAGUGCGUUAAACCAUAAACGGUCAUUUUAUAAAAGGGCCAAUACUGGUUACACUAGUCCAGGAGUGGCCAAAAGGUAGAUCCCAAGCAGUUGUCAAAGCAUUCUGGUAUUAAUAGGGCGACUUCUCCAUUAGCCAAUCUGAAUUCACCAUAGAAUGGACCACUCUUACAUUUAGUUUGUAUUUUUAUGUAUAUUACUUGUGUGUUUUUACUUGUGUUUUCAGUUGUGUAUUUUGUAUGACAAGUAAUUUAUUUCCCUGAAAACCUCAGUCCAGAUUCAAUUAGAAUGACAUUUAAUCAUGGGGGCUAUGGCAAAGAAUUGCUUUGUCCAGUAUAUAGUGUCUAUUAAAUGACUGUGAAUCUGGCACAUCUUUUUUUGAAAAUGUUUACACAUUUCUGUGAAUUUAACCUGUCUGCUGCUGGGAGGAACACGGCAUUGGUCAAAUUUUUCUUCUAUCACAUUGUUAGCAUGCAAUUAGAUCAUCUAAUUUUCUAGAACAAACACAAAUAUCCAGACAGAAACCCGUUAUUCGUAAGGAUUCAAAUGUAAUUUACAUUGAAAUUUUCUUUGCAAUGGGACGUAAGCAAAUCAGCAGCUAUUUCAUUGAUCUUAUUACCCAACUCACAGGUACUUUCAUUAUUAACUUCAGAAGAUUGAAAAGGCUGAAUUGAACCCCAUUCAUAAGAUUUGAACUGACUCUAUAGUUAUGAGAUAGAGGGACACAAAAAAACCCAAUUAGUUUAAAAAGCUAAACCUGAAAAGUUGAACAGACAUUCCAGACCCAUAAAGCACUUUAGCUUGCUGAAAUGCUGUAGGUGUGAAGUGUGUGUCCUUUUAAAAAAAGGUUUUUAGAAAAAGUGCAGAUUUCGAUUCGAUGAGUAAGGGUUUUUUUUUUUUUACCCUUUCAAUGCCGGGGGAGGGGCAUCGAAUUCCUUUAAUGCAUUGUACCAUACAUUCUGUAACCACCCCUUUCUCACCCCGGCCUUCAGACACACCAAAAAGGGUAGAUCUUGGUACUUUGUUUAGUUUAUUCAGUAAACUGGGAGUUGUGAUGUGUUUUGAACAUAUGAAACCUUAACAUAAACUUUACAGUUCACAUCAGCUUUCUCCAACUCAAUGUAAACCCUUUACAUAUAAUACCAUUUCAUCAUAUGGCUGGUAUACGUUAUCUCCCUGCCAUACCUUUCCAGUAGUAAACAGGUUAGACCUUGACGUAACCCUAUUAUAAGGUGGGCUGCACUAUCCUACCAAGUAGAAAAUGGGUUAAACCUUGUGUAGCACCUUAGGACGAAUGAAGGGAAAUGUCUUCUUGUUAGGGGAAACAGUAUUGUCUGAAAUUUAAAUUAUUUGAUUAUUUUUUUGUUUGUUUUGUUCUUGUAGCAGGACUACAUCGUGAUUUUAAGUUAUGACUCAUUCUAAUUAUUAUUUCUGUAAUAAUUUGAUUUCUGUAGAUCGGAAUGUUAUGUUCUGUUUACUGUUGGCACAAUGAUUCCUUUAUUCAGAAGGUGAACAAAACGAUUUUGUGAUGAAUUUAUGAUGCAAUUAAUGAGGUGAAUUUAAGGCUUAUAUAUUUGUUUAGGAGAUAACUUUGAUAUUCCACAGCCACAUUCUCAUUUCUGCUUCCUAUGCUAUACGCCAUGCAGCAGUUGUUCUGACAAUGCUCUGAAAAGUUCUUCAUUUUAGGUCCAUAGCAUGGUUAGACUGCCACUGCGUCAGUAUUCCAGUUCAUUGCAGCUGCUUAUGUAAUGAUGUUGUUUAUAUAAUAAAUCAAUAAACGUUAAUAUCUCCUGGCAAUCCUAUUGAUUAAUAGGAAUACUGAGAUUCUCCUGUAACUUACGUCCGUCAUUGGACACCAUUAAAGAGACACACUAGCAGGUAGGGAUACUGACCCAGAAAUCUGAUGGAAAUUCCAAAUAUACAAAUUAGAAUGUGAUGCACUUUGCAGAGCAAGCAUAUAUCAAUAAUAUUAUACUGAAUCUAACUAAAAUGAUAUACAAAUAUAAAAAUAUAGGAAGGAAUAACCAUGUAAAACAAGCUGUGGAACUUUUAAAAUGUUGACACUUAUUUCAUUGCAAACUCUGUUAAAGAGAGUCUCAUGCUUCUCCCACUAGUUCAAAGGAGACUACAUAAAUAUCCUUUAUUUGCAUAUUUUAUCAAUUAAUGUACCUGAUUGACUUCUGCAAAGUGCCCUAAGCACCAUCUCCGUAAUGCAGGGAUGAAGCCACGAAUGAAGUCUGUGAGAUGGAGGAACACACCUGGUUUCACCACAAUAAAUUCACUUAACAGUAAGUUGUGGUGAGUUGGCAGUCACUUGCAGAGCGUAAGGCCAAAAUAGCAGAGUUGGGAAAAAUAUUUAUAUUGCACUAAACUCUGUCACCCAGUUGCUGGCUCCUCUCCGCUCAGUGUUUCUCUAACCAUUGCUGCAUGGCUGCUUUCUACUCAUCUAUCAAUUGUAAAAAAAAAAAAAAUUCUGCGUUCACAUGUCUCCUAUCUUUUAAUUUUUUUAUUUGUGAAAGUAUGCUCAUAUCUGGCAAUAACCAACCAAUCCAAACCUAGCCCUGCUGUUCAUCCCACAUUCAUUCUUGUACUGUGACGCUCAGUCUGUCUCUGUUUGUCCUGCAUCCAUAAUUGCUAAUGUGCUGAAAAUCUGAAAUGUGCACAACUGCUGUAUUAGAUGUUUAUAGACUGUAGGCACUAGUAUGAAGAAUUUGUACCGAAUGAAGUAGGGCCAGCAGCAUGUUUGUUAAGAAGUAUGUUUAAUUAAAGCGAUGGAUACGCAACUUGUGACAUUUCAUCUGCUGUAAUCUACAGCAAUUAUAACUAAGCAUGAUGGGAGUUGGAACCCAGCAAAUAAAACUGCAAUGCUGAAGGUUGCAUAUCCCUGAUAUAGUUUGAGGACUCUUUCAGGGCCAGAACAACCUGCAUCACAACUCUGAAAAUGAAUUGUAGGCCAAUUUCUGGCACUGAAAGAGUGUGUCUUAAAGCAACACACUUCGUCAUUUUUAUGAUACCUAAUGUGAAUCCUCCAAAUUUAACAAAAUCUCAUACAAUGUAUUUUCUAUCAAUGUUAUGUUUUCCCCAACUCCUUAAGGUCCCUGUUUCUCUGUUCUGGUACGAGCCUGACCUUUACUGUGUUUGUAUGGGAAAGGGAAAUCAGAAUGAAUAUCAAAGCAAACAAAUGCAUGGAAUUAAAAGCCAGUGUACCUUAUAACGUUGUACGAUUAUUUUUUAUUCUUUAUUUUUACUCAAUAUAUACUUUCAGAAGAAUAUUUCUUAUUCAGAUUGUUAUCAUUGGGCUGUUGAUGGUUUUAAAUAAACAAGGAAUUCACAGUUUCCCAUUUCUGGUUGUGAAGUAGGUUAAAUAGCAUUAGAUCAUUUCAGAUCCGAUAAAAGUCAUAGGACUUAACUUAAAUUUUUUACCUACAUACUGGUACAUAGUCUUCUUUGUUUAACUUGCUAAUUGGAAGGUGACACGAUUCCUAGCAAUGGUUGCUCAAUAUUGUCCACCCAAAACAUGUUGGCUUUCGACUAAACAAGGAAGUCCCAGAACACAUCCACAGUGUUAUUUAUUUACUAAAUUUAGAAUUACAAGUAAAUUCUAUGUGAAUUUCAAAUUUAAGGACAGAGUAGCUGAACUAAAAACAUAGCUGACUUAUAUUUUGACCUUAAAGGAACACUACAGUCACAAAAACAAAUGUAACUUAAUGAAGUAGUUUUGGUGUAUAAAUUAUGGCCCUGAAGUCUCACUGCUCAAUUCUCUGUCAUUUAGGAGUUAGAUCUCACAGUUUGUGCAGCCCUGGUCACACCUACUUGUAUGUGCCUUCCUAAACACUUCCUGUAAAGAGUAAUUGCAGUUUACACUUCCUUUAUUGAAAUUUAUGUAUGUUUAAGAAUUUGUUUUUAUCUCUUGCUCUGUUAAUAGCUUGCUACACCCUGCAGGAGACUCCUGUAUGUAAUUAAAGCUCAAGAGAAAUUUUUUUUUAAAUUAAGUUAUGUCUGAUUGCCUGCGUCAGUCACAGCUAGGGGAGGUGCUAGGGCCGCAUAAACAGAAACAAAAGUUUAACUCUUAAAUGGCAGAUAAUUGAGCAGAGAGACUUC